GAUAGAAGAAAUGGCGGAUUAUUUUGGGUAAAGAGGCCAAACGUUUGUUUGAACGUCCCUUCAAGGCAUUAUAAAGGAACAAAAUGACUGAUAUAUUGUGCCGGUGGCUUAAUGAAGAUGUUAAGCUGAGCAGAAUUAUAGGUGAGAUCCUGAAAACCAGUGUCUAGAAGUGCCCCACGAACGGGUGAAAGGUGCGCAACAUUCAACGAGUGGAGGAUAUACUUGUCUGAAAACAGCUGAAAAGAUGCGCUGUGUUGUCAAAUUAUUCGAUACGUAGGACAUUAAUCGUGCCAUCUUGCAUAAGCUUAUUCUUUAUUCUGUCAUACAUUGCUUGUCACCACGUAAUGACGACGCUUUUUUUUUUGGAAAAUAUCUCCACACAUACAUGUAUAGGAUAAGGUGUAAAACAAAACUAAUCUGUAGCUUGAUAAUUUCUACUGGUGAUUAUGGAGGAUGUUUCUAUUCUAUUCUCUUUGUAUUCAACCUGUUUGUAGCUAUGAAGAGGUGCAUCUGUAUCAUUUGUUAUAUACCUGAUGACCCCUUCCUCCCCUUCAUUACUUAAAGCGUAACUUUAUUUAUACAUGGAAGAUUCCAAUAAUGCCACUGACAGUAAAUUUUUAUGUUUAGGUUUUGGGAGAGUAUUUACAAGUUACAAUAUAUUUGUUUGAGUUAACGAUCUCUUUCAGAAGAUGUUUUUCUUGUCUAUUAAUCAUUUGUCCUUACUUGUUAAAUUUAGAUCCCAUAAACAUUGCCAAGGAGUUUUCUACAGGUUUCUUACUUGGAGAACUCUUAAAUAAACAUGGUUUACAAGAGGAUUUCUCUUUCUUCUCCCAAAACAUGUAAGCAAUGACUUUAUGUUGACAUAGAUUGUUAAACUUUGAAAGAAUAUUCUGCCUCUCUAAACCCUAAUUAGGUUGCAAUUUUUAAAAUUUUACUCUUAAAUAAUUUAUAUUACAUGUAGCAGAUACAACAUAAAGUGUAAAUUUGGACUCUUCACUGAUUUUUUUGCAUUUAUUGUCAGUGAUAAAAUAUAGUAGAGUGCAACUAAGGUACAUGAUAUUGUUGAUUUGACGUUGAUAUGAAAAUUAGGUAAUACAGAAUGUAUCGAUUUAAAUAUAUAAUAGAUACUAAUAGUAUGCCUGAAUUUUGAACAACAUUUUCUUAGUGCCUAGUAAUGUUUAGGGAAGGCCUAAUGCACAUAUUUUAUACAGAUAGGCUGUUCUCUCAAGUAAUCUUUAUUUUCUGUCUGCAUCUUCAUCUAUCAGUGAUGAAUCAUUAAGUUUGACACCUUUUUACAGUACACUUAAACUUUAUAUUAAUAAAAUAGUGUUGUAACUAAUUUCAUGUUAACAUUUUUAAGCACUUCUGACUCAAAACUUCAUAAUUUCACACGGCUGGAACCAACCUUAAAGUUGUUGGAAGUUCCCUUCGAUACAAAUGUGGUAAGUAACUUUCAUGUUUUCAUUUGCUUGAAAUAAAUUGAUAAUAUUUAUCUUUCUAAUAUUCUAAACAUUAUAGCAACUUGUCCUGUUGAAACAAAGAAAACAAAGUUAUUGAAACCUACAGUAGUUUGAGUUUCGAACUUGAUAUACUAUUUCGUAUAUGAUAUAAACCACACAAGUUAUAUCACACAAAAGCACUAUUUUUUUUAUAACCAAUGAAUUACACAUAAAAAGAGAAGCACAAUGUAAUGUAAACUUAGAAUGGUCAAUGUGCCAAUUUUAGUGAUACAACUUUCUAGCAGCCUUUGAUAUGGUCCACCAUUGUUAUCUAACUGAAGCCCUUUGUUUUCUUCAGGCACAAGCUAUCAUGAGUGAGAAUCACAGUGCUAUCACAAGACUGAUGUACCAGCUCUUUAUAGCACUUGGAAAGAAAUCUGUGAGUGUAAUUAGUUGUGCCACUAGUAUCAACAGGGUUGUCACUAAGUGCCUACUGCCAGUGAAAUUUGCCAGUCAGAUAAAAAAGCAGUGCAUGGCAGUAGACUAAAUUUUUGGCUGGCAAUUGCUCAUUAAAGCACAACAGUCACUUCUGAAGUUACAUACUUAAAAUCAUUUGAUAUUGAAUGCUAUCACCUCAGAGGAAAUAUUUUUAUAUUUUUCUGACUGACCUGAGUAUUAGUGGCACUACCACAAGUAAAAAAGAUGAAAUUAAACAUUGUUUUUAGCAUUUGUUUAUAGUGAUUUCUCUCCCUUUCUUGCAUCCACCAUUCAAAAUGUUGUGAACCAGCAGUAGUGCCUCUGUUAAGGUACCAUCUUUUAAGCCGCCUCACAUGAAAUUUCAGCUGGCAGCCUAACUUCUUAACUGCAACCCUGUCUUGUUGUUCUAUUUUGUAUUUUUUACCAACUUAGUUACUAGCCACAUGUUGGGGACAAGCUAAAUAUUGAUGAGUUCUUUGCUCCCAUAAAGGAAUCUGAACAGAAUUUUUUAACCCUUUCACCCCUCAUAGGAGUUUCUAGCAUCUAAUUUCCCCUUAUGAUAUCACCCCGUAAUUGCACAUUAACGUCAGAAGAGUAAAGCAAAUGAUCACCAACUAAAGAAACCUUGACUGUUUAAAAAAUUCUCCUUGUCAGCACCUUAGGAAAUGUACAGAGAACAGUGUGGAGAAUAUGCAUACUGAUGUUAGGGUGUAAAGGGUUAAUGAAAUGAAUUUCACUUUGAAUCUGGUGGAUGCCUGGUGGUCAGGUGACACCCAUGGCAGCUUGUGGUUACUCAUGAUUACUUCUAGAUUGGACCCUUAGAUAUAUCUAGGCCUCAUGUGUGAGGUGUCAUUUGUAGUAUCAAGUAACCUGCAAAAUGAUAAUAUCUCAGGUGGUACUGAAUAUCUACAUGCAUCUUUUCUUACAUAUUGGUCAAAGUUGCAAUUUAUGAGGCAGUUAAAUGGUAAACUUUAGUUUUGAAAAAAAUAAAUCAUCUAUAUGAAACUAACUUUGAAGAUUGGAAAUAAAUAAUUUUUGCCUAGGAUUUUUGUCUCUUGUCAUUAACUGUUAUUUUAUUUUGUUUCUUUAUAAUAUAUAUAAGAAAAUGGGACUAACAGGAGUUGCUAUGGAAACCAUGAGACCCAGUGGCCCAGUGAAGCUGGAAAGUAUUGAAAGUGGACUUUACAAAGAGGUUAGUACCAUCAGUCAUAAGAAUCAUGUACAAUAUAAAUUUAACAGUGGUAUUGAAAGUUGGUCCAUAGCUCUUCAUAAUUAUUAGCUAAGAGAUAACUUAAUAGAGUCCCUCUGCUCUCACUUCAAGGAGGACGCAUAUACAAUGCAAUAUUCUUUUGUGAGAAGUCCUACCAAGCUAAUAUUAGAAAGUGAUAAGUAUACCACUAACAUUGUGAUAUAUACUUUUAAUUGUGGAAGAACUUAGAUGAACUGAAUUCUAUUCUGUCUUGUUAUGAGUUAAGUGUUGGUUGACUGCAGGUUUGGUUCCUUGUAUUUAUGUUUGCUUUAUCUCACAUAAACCAUGGAUAUUUACAGUGAUCAUUUGCUACUGUAUUUAAACAAGUCUUUUUUAUGGUAUAAAUGCUGUGGUGAGCUUUGUAAUUAUUAAUGCUUGACUUCGGUUAAAACUGCCUCUUACCUUGGUGGCUCUUUUUUAAGUUACAUUUCAUUUUCUCUGUUUGACUUGAGAAGUACUUGUGUAGAGAUCACUUUUUUGGUGGAUCAUUUAUUUCAAUAAAGGUGCAAGUAAAAUGUGAUUGUUUAGUGCUUUGCCAAGUCAUGUACUUACAUUAGACAAAUCAGGAUAACACAUUAGAUAAUCACUAAUUAAAAGUUAGCCUCAAAUUUCCGAAAAAAAAAACCAAAACAAAAUGAGAUUUCUGUACAUGACAAACCUCACUAUUACAUAAUUUCUGGUGCACAAAGUAGCUGGUGAAAAAUGGUCUGACAGCUAACUCAGGUUUCUGUUGCCUACCAGCUUCUGAUAGCAACCCAGCAGACAGCUAUUAUCCUUACUAUUGUACAGUUGUCUUGAUUAGCAUGUAACCAUUAUGAUCAUACUAUAAAUGUAGAACUCAGCAAAUAAUUGAAUGUAAUUAGUUUUGACCUUGGUCCUGAUGGCAGAGAGUCUUAUGACAUUUUGCAUUUUAUGAAGUAUUAAUGAAAGGUGCAAGUCCUAUUUUAGUUUGUGUUUUAGAAAUACCUAAAAUUUACAAAAAUCGAGUAUAAUGAUUCUAAAAUUCUUAGUUGAAAUAAAUUGUUACUUGUGCACAAUGAUUUCUUUGUAUGUCAUAAUAGUCUACCAAUAACACAGUGCAUCAUCUAUCAUCUUGUUCAUAACUGAUAUCAUAGAUUAUAUGAAAGUUGAAUUUUGCUCUAAUUUUGAUUGGUUGUUAAUUACAUAUAAUCUACUGGAGGACACUGAUGUAUAGAAGAUGUCACCAUGAAUAACAUUUUGGCUUUUGAUCUCAUAGACCAAAUUGAUUCCAUGUUGUAGUAGGACUGUACCAUAUAAUAGAUUAUGGAAGAUGUCAAAAUGUGGUAAGAACAUCUGAUUCAGUGACAUGCUUGGCUGAGCCUCAUGUGCCACUUUUUUGUUCUUACCACAUUUUGACAUCAUUUGUGAUUUUACUACUGAGCAGAUGUCGGAAACAUGGAAUCCAUUUGUUGACUGCACCAUCCAUUCAGUUAAAAUAUACUAUUUAAUAAUAGCCAUCAAAAGGUAUCUGUCAAUCUUUCAUGAAGAACUGUUAUCUAGGUAUGUUUCAAUAUUAAGUAAAAUUUACCAAAUUACACACAACCAACACAUUCUUUGUCUGUUUACCUCAGAAAAUUACCUUGAAACAAGACAGUGUGGCCAUAGCUAGAGACCUUCUUCACUCAGCUGUCAAAAGCUUUGUGCAUGAAGUUGCAAUUGAAGCAAUCCGUGAUCAAAUAAGUAACUUGGCAGUUGAUCUUGUGAAGGAUUUGCAGGAAAUUUCUUUUGAAGUUGUUCAUGACAUGAGAACAGUUGUUGCCCAAGUUUGUGAACUUGGACAAGAUAGAACUUUAAAAAAAUUUGCUAGGAAUAUAAUGAAAGAUGUCUUAUCCACUUCUCGAGUAGUUAUGCAAUUUAUAAAUGAUCUUGAUGAUAUAAUCCAAGUUCUCAAAAAUGUGUUUGAGACGACCAUUAGUUGAGUGUUAUUUUAUUUGCUUUCUGUAUUACCAGUAGCUCAUAGUGCUCAAAUUUUUGGAACAUAUAUGUUGUGGUAAUAGUGAUUAUAAUUUUUUUUCAAAUAUAUAUGUAAAUUUUAAAAGGAGAAGCCAUAAAUUUAAAAGUCUUUGAAGUUAAUAAAUGAAAAUAGCACACUUUAAUAGAUGGUUUCCACAGAUCUGUAAACUUCUUUAAGGUCAGGGUAAACUAAGGGAAUUUCACUUUGAGUCAGAUUCUUUAGUAAAUUUCAUGGACAUGAAAGGUGUUGGAUCAGUAGAAUGAUGUGUGAUGAAACUAAAUGACAAGCUGAUGUUGGGUCUUCAAGAAAAUCAUUUCCAAAAUCAAUUCAUAUACAAAGUAUGUGACUUGUUGAAAGCAUACGUUUAUGGGUGGAGAGCAUGGUUGAAGGCCAUUAUCAGAACUUGUUUGUUAAAUUAUUAUUGAUUCAUCCAGUUGGGAAAAUUUUAUGUUUGUCAGGGAAAAGUCAGGGGAAUCAAAAACUUACGACUGUGGCAGCCAUUUAGUAGGUCGUUGUUCUUUUAAGUUUGAGCCGAUUUUGAUUUAAUUAUGCAAGUGUAUCUUAGGCUAAAAAAUGAAGUGCAAAAUAGUUACUGUCAGUAUUACCCAGGUACAUUAUGAGUUAAAUAAUUUUUGAUUUUAAAGCAAAGACCUCAAAGCUGAUGUUGAGCCAAUUAGAUAUCGUAUUGAUUUUAAACUGGAAAAGGUUUGCCACCUAUAUGCUUAAGGAAAAAUUUACAACGGAAAAAACAAAAUCAAAAGCAAGUCACAGAAUUGUAAAGGGAAAAUCUUAGAAACCUCUCACAUUUUUGUAUUACAUUAUUGAAUAAUAAAUUGGCUCCUUAGGGUAUUUUCAAAUAAAUCUCCCUUCAGAGCUAGAUUUACAAAAUGAAACAAAGUUAAUUUCUCUCAAAGUCUUCCCUCAAGAUAUUUACCAGUUUGGCUAAUGACAUAAUAAGGCCUCUGUUUUGGGUGUCAAUUUCUCUACUUUCCCACUGUGAAUCAUCUUCAUUCUUUGCCACAUAUUGGAAAUUAUAUUAUCUGAUAUUUUGAAAGUAUAAAAAGCCUAAAGUCAUCUAGAUGGUUACACCAAUAUCCCCAUAGCAUGCAUAAAAUUUUGAAUCCGUUGCCAUUUUGCAAUCUUUCCCCUGGUGGUUUCUUUUCUGUUGACCUCUUUUUUUCAGGCAUAGAGGGUGAAUGGAUGUCAUGGGUAUAGUUGCUGGAAACCCUAGAUUUCAUUAGAUAAAAGCUGUAUUGUUUUGUAUGUUGAGAUUUUUUAAAGCUUGUACCAUAUGUGUAGUCAGAUCUUGCAUGGUCAAAAACCUUAUGGAGCCUCUUUAAGUUUACUGCUGGUAAGUUUUCCCAUGAUGUCUUCCUUUUUUACAAACUGAAGGUGCUGUUUUUAAACAUGUCUUGGAAGGUGAUACUUACCCAGUUUUAUUACCAAGCAAAACUACAACUUGUUAAAGGUGAACUUUUCCAGGAAAUCAUACUAAUAUAGACAUGACUGAGAAGAAAAUUUCUGCUUGACCUGAAGAGUUUGCAUCAGCUACAUACAUCAUUCCUCCCCUCCCCCCCCUUGCCCAAAAAAUUUCAUGAGUUUGACAAUUUUUAUGUAGCUUGGGAAUUAUGGGUACUCUAACUUUGGUCUCCAUCAGUUGACUUAAUAAUUAGAAGAAGGAAAAUGAUUAAAAUCAUACUCCAUUUUUAAAAAUUUAAUAUACUUUUGCAUGUUGUUAAACUUAAUGAAGGAAACUCAAUUGCCCUCAGUUAUCUCCUUCCAGAUAUACAUCAGAUGUUAAAAGCAUAACAGUCAGUCUUUCAUACCCUAAGUGUGAACAUGUAGGUUCAACUCUAUGAACUCUAUGUAUUUUAACCAUAUUCUUCCUAACCAUGUUCUCUAGUAAAACUAUUUGCUCCAAGGUGGACCAUAUUAUAAAGUUAAACAAUGUCUACCUACUGGACCAUUUUCUCUAGUUAGACCAUUUUAAGCAGUUGGAACAUUUUAACUAGUCAGAACAUUAGCUACCAGUUUGACCAUUUUAUAUAGUCAGACCAUUUCUACAAGUUGGACCAUUUUAUACAUCAUUUUAAGUGGUUUGAUCCUUUAAACUGGUUGAAUGAUUUUAAUCAGUAUGACCAUUUGGACUUUGUUAGACCUUUCCCAUCACUUGGACCUUUUUUCAUCAAGCAAGGCCAUUUUGGACCAUUUUAGUUAGUUGGAUCAUCUUAUCCAUUUAGACCUAACCAUUUUUACCAUCAGUUGUGCCCUUUUUCCAGUUUGGAUUUUUUCUUUAUUCUGACUUUUUUAUCCAUUUGAAAUAUUUUAAUGGAUCGCAUAAUUUUAAUUGGUUUGAUCCUUUUAAGUUGGUAGACCAUUUAGUUGGACUGAGUAAGACCAUUCCUACCAGUAGGAUUAUUAUAUCUUGCUAGACCAUUUUAACCAAGUUGACCACUUUCACCAGUUGGACCUUUUUUCCAAUUUUGCUUCGUUAAUUCUUUAAAUCAUUGUAACCAGUUUAAUCAUUAAAUGUGGUAGUAUCCUCUUAACUGGUUGGACCAUUUUAAGCACCUGGAAUAUUUAGCUGGGCCACUUGGAUCUGGUCAGUUAGCAGUUAGACUAGUUUAUCAAAGGAACUAUGUUAACCAAAUGGAACACUUUACCUAAUUAGACCAUUUUAUCUCUUCAGACCAUUUCAGCCAAAUGGACUUUUUUAACAAGUUGGACCAAUUUUUGACUUCAGACCAUUCUGCAGUUGGACCAUUUUCCCAAAUUUUUACCACUUAAACCAAUCAGAUCAUUUGCAGAAGUUGAACCAUUUUAUCUUGCAAGACAAUUUUAAGUGGUUAGACCAUUUCAAGUGGCUGAAAGUUUCUGUUUAUUUAGACCGUUAAACCAGUUUGACCAUCUUAACUGGUUUGACUAUUUUAAUUGGUUGAAUAACUGUAACCAGUUGGAUCAUUUUCUUUAGCUAGACUAUAUUAAUGGUUGGAACCUUUUUCUUUUUUAAGGACUAAAUAUGAAAUAAUGAUCAUUACAUUGUUGAUGACAGUGGUGCAUUUUUGUGUCCUAUGAUUGAUGGUGGGCACUGUCUAGUAACUCAGUAGGUGUAAUACUGAGUCCAAUCAGAAGCUUAGGUGACAAGCCUCUGGUUCAGUAUAUGGGAAAUGGACAGUUCCUAAUUUGUGACUUUCUAGUUAUUAAUGUUGUAAAGUAUUAGCUAUAAGAAAAGGGCCAUGUAUUUCAGAGAGAACCGAGGCCUCUUUAUAAAAACAAGCAAAGCCUUGUUAUGAGAGAAAAAAGGGUCACUGGGUCACUCAUGGAAAUUAAACUCAUUUUCUUAAGAGAGGUUUUGCACUUGUCAUUAUUUUGAAAGUAAUGAUGGUACAGGCAACUGAGUAGUUAUAACAUUAGGCCAUUGAGUUUGCAGUAUGCCAUCGGAAUUAAGAAUGUUAUCCUUAAGGAGUUUUGACUGUUGUUCUUCACUUUAGCGACUGAAGCAGCUAACCAAACGUCAAGUGGAUUUGAAUUUUGAGCAACUAGUUCAGAGAUACCAAGCCAAACAGAAACAGCAGGAGGAUUUGGCAUUUAAAGCAAAGUAUGUUGUGACACUGAUAACCAAUCGUAUAAAAUUAGACACACAGUAACCAUUUGAUGCAAAAGUAUGCUUGGAUAAUAGGCAACAUACAGCUGUUCUAAGUUUGAAACUCAAGGAAAACUGCAAGCUUUAAGAAACAGAUAAGGUCUAAAGUAAAAUAUUUUAGCAUAUUUUAUAGUGAAAUAGAGGCUACUGCAUCAUUCAAAUACUUUAUCCCCACAUUAACUUUUGUUCAUUGAUAUUCAUUGUUUAAGAUAAAAUUUCAACUUUUAGGUUUGAGGAAGAAGAAAGAAUGAGAAAGUACCUACAAGGACAAAGACGACAAGGUUUGGACAAGGUAACAUGGAAGGCUGCUAUUACUGUAAUUGACCUUCUUAAGAUAACUGUGACAAUAGGUUUUUCACACUAAUUCAACUUUUGGGGGGAAUGCAACAAUAAUGGGGGAAAAUAGCUUGGUGGAGACCACUUGCAGCAGGAAUGGAAUGGUCAUGGUUUCCUGGCACAUACAGACCUGCUUCAAGCAAACUUGCUACGGACAUCAAGGAUUAGACAGCGUUUGGUUCCACAGUAACUUUUUUUUAGUUCAUGUCAACAACCAACAUGAACUCUAGCAUACUCAACUUCGUAAUGGAAAAAGCUUCACAAUGUACUUGCUUAAGUGAAAGACUAUUAUUACACAAAUUUUGAUAUUUGAAUAAGGUUAUAAAAGGGUGUCUCUUUGUAGUUAAGCAAUUCUACUUAAUAUUCCAUCUGUUUGGAAAGAAUUUAAAAACUAAGAAAUAGAUACAAUAGACUCAAGGCCAUUAAAAAGAGCAAACUUCAGUCAACUUUCAGAGCUUUGAUAUUAAAAACACUUAUCGUAGUUGUGUUAGAGUAGCUUAGGAAAUGAAAGUGAGAAGUAGUUAUAAUUUCUGCUUAUCUAUGUGAUGUUGAUGUUAAGUUUGGAACUGUUAAGUUUGGAAAAGCAGCAACAUGAGAAGUUAUUGUAUGAAAAGAAAGUGAACUUAAGAGCACAAACUGAGUAGUCCAUGGACUGGGGGUGAGUCACCCUUUUUAGAAGUGCUGUCUAUUUUGUUAAAAGUGCUACAAGCUGCUAGGAGAGUAAGUUUUAUUUUACUUUCUGAUUUAUUUCUUUUAGUCAAAACAAGCCAAACAAAAGCAGUUGGAGGUGAUGGGUAAAAUAAGGUAAUCAGAAGCAAACCCAGCCACUUUAGAACUAACCUGUAACUGCUGGAUUUCAACACAAAGAUAAGAACUCAAGCCAUUUAUCAUAUUGUGGCUGCAUAGGGAUUGGGACAGUUUUGUGCCACUAUAAAGAUUCAAUAUCUUGGAAGUUGAUCUCAGGUUUUAGCCAGCUAACUUUCUUCACUUGAUGAUUUUAAGUCUAUGGUUGCCAGAGAGCACAAACCAAUUUUUUUCCUUUUUUUUGACAAAGGAUUUGCCUAAUAUCUUUUUUCAAUUUGUAACUUGAUUUAGAGGUAUUAUUAUCAAAAUUAAGGUGGAAAAAGUGGUAGCCCAAAAAUCCUCUAGAUCUGUAUGUCACAAUCAGCAGUCUUCACCAAUACCCACCUGGCACAGGAAACAAUUUAUAACCAAAUAAGCAAAACGUUUUUCAUGCUCUCUGGUUACCUGUAAUGGUAAAAAGCCAAGACUAUGGGCUUUCCACCAAAAACUCAACAAUCAAUAAUUGUUAUAUGUCAUCCAUUAAUUAACAAUUACUAUGUCAUCAUUGAUUAACAAUUAUUAACCAAAGUGGAGGUGAGUAGUGGUGGACAUUUACCUUGCUGCUUUGCAGCUCAGUAAAUAUCCACCACUUUUGAUGACACUGACCUGAAUAAUAACACCAAAAAUAGUUUAUUUCUCUCAAUAUACCAAAAAAUGGUCAGAAAUUAAACUCUUGUCACACAAUUUGGUCUCAUCAGCUACUCAGAGAGGAUAUAGUACUUCCUAUUUACUCCCACACUAGCCAAUUGGUGCACGUGAAAAGCACUAUUCACUUGUGUGUGUUAAUGUGUUCUUUUUUUUCUUCUUCAGGGAUGCAACAGUGAGGAUUCCCAAACCUCCUGAUUCCAAGGUGAAGUUAACAGAGCUGUUAUAACUUACAAAUUAGAUAAUGUUUGAAAUGUUCAAGUUGAUCCCUGUUAUUGUUCAGUGGACUUUGUUAAUAUAGGUGUUGCAUUGAGGUACCUAAAGAAAAAAGGUUGUCAAUCCUUUCCUGAGUGUUGAAAAUAUAGGGCUAUAGAAUGGAGAUGAUUUAUUUUUUGAAGAAACUAUCACUAACAGUAAGGAGAUAAGUGUUUUAAGUUUAGGGGAAACUGCCAGAUACUGUUGCACCCUGACUCUGUGAUUAGCUGAAUUGUGCACAAAUUGAAAUCCUUAUUGAUAUAAUAGGCAUUAAGGAUGCUUGGUAGAUGAUUACUUAUGAUCCUUGUCAACACCUGUAUUAUAAGUUAAUAUAUUGUGUCACUUAAUAUCUUUUGUUCCAUUGUCUUACAUUGUUUGAGGAUUCUUUCAGUGUAAACAAUAGAUAUGGAAUAGAAGCUGCAAGUACACGCAGUUGAACUUCCUGUAUCCUUCUAUACCUGUUUAUUAAGUGAGUAGUCAAGUUUGUCAUAAACUGAAUGUUUUACCUUACCAUUGCAGAAAACGGCAAAAUCUCGGACUGAAAUCAGACGUCAAAGGGAAGCAGAGGUGAUAGGUUUGGAUUGACUUUUGUACUGAAGCAAGGCCACAUAGGGAAAAAAAUUUCUUUUCAGCUCAUUUGUUCUUUGAAUUGUAUUUUAUAGAUAGUUGAAUGAAAGGGGGAUUCUGGUGUGUUUUGAAAACAACCUUGAUUUUAAGUCAACUCAUGAAUUUAACCUUAAUUUCAAUCAACCUUGAUUUCAAAAAACGGCUUUCCACAUUUUGGAGACAACCUUGAUUUCAAGAAAACUUGAAUUUUUCACAGGUGAAUGAUAUUCACAGUGUCUCACUCAUGAUUUCUGAUGAGAGUGUAAAUAUUAUCAUCUUGAACAAUUCUCUUGAAUGAUUCUCUUGUCAUGCCAUUGAUCAGGGUGUUUUUUUUGUGUGUGAAGAUUUUCAAUGAAUGUUGUAUCUUCUCACAAAGAAGUUGUGGUGUGCCUUGAUUUGUUCUUCUGUCAAAAGAGUGCCUUUGUAAAUGAGAAGAGUAUGACAGUUUCAUCAAUAAGUCACACUUUCAAGCUCAGGGUUGAUGAUGUUGAGCUGAGCAUCUAAGGGGAUGAAGAUAUGACAUUUAAUAUUCCCUAAACCUGAUACUUUCCUGUUGAUUGCAAGCUGAAGUCCUUCUUUCAUAUUUACCAAUUUCAAUCCACUUCCAUGAAGCUCACUGUCUCUCAUACUCUUGAUGUCAGGAUUAAAUAUCCUCUCACUGUUUCUAGCAAGAGUGACAUAUGGCUCUUUAAAAUAAGAAGAAGUUCCUUCAUUUACCUCCUUGGAACAUGAUGCUCUCAUUGAUUGCUUGUAUGUUUGGUGAAAUGUUUUGGAUAUUCAUAAUGUUGAAUCCCACCAAACUCAAAAGCUAAUUUUAGUGUAUCACAAAAACCAUCUAAUUCAAGCAAAAAACCAGUCUGCCCAUUCAUAAGCUAUGAUGGCCUGACAGUAGGAAAUUCUUCAUUGAAAAUAUUCUCAAAGUUAUGAUAAUUUUGAAUUGUGAGAUGGUUAGAAAUGAAUUAUUUCAUAAGAAUAUAAUGUAGGCCUCUGGCUGGGCCCCAAAGGAGUAAAACUUCUCAAUCCUUAUUUCCAAAGCACUGUAAUAGAAAACUUGAAGCAAAAGACAAAUCUGAAGAAAGUAACAGUUCAAUGAAUGCUAUCCAAGAGAGAAUUCAGAAUUUUGGUCAUAGAGGAAGCAAAUGAAAAUUUCAAAGGGUGACAUCUUUAGACAUACAUCUUACAGAAUACAGACCAUUAUACAGCAGCUCUUAUGGUGAACUCCUAGAAUUCAUUAAAAGUAAGAGAGCAGUUGUAAAUAUUAAAAAUGCAGAUAAUCAUUGUUUCAAGUGGUUGAUAACAAGAGCGCUUACAGUUGAAAAAGACCUUCAAAGGAUCACAAAGAUUCUCAAAGCAUAAUCUGAGAAGCUUGACUGGAGUGGCAUCAACUUCCCUAGGAAGCUGCAUAAUGAAAGAAGAAAACAUUGCGGUAAACGUGCUUGGUAAUGAACAAGCUUCUUUGAGGCCUGGCUGAAGGCUUGAUUUUUAUCCAAUGAGGAUAAGGAAGUAAGCCUUUGGCUGGGCCUCAAUGGGGCAAGCCUUUGGCAAGGCUGCAGAGUGGCAGAAUAAAAAGGAGCAUGUCACCAACCUUCUGAUAGCAGAUGAUGAAAAGAAACACUACUGCCUGAUAAACAACACGAGCAGACUAUCGUGUCAAACCUCAAAGCACAACAAUAUUGUCUCAGGUGUCUGAAUCACUUCUCAAGCAAAGAAAAGCAUGCACUCCAUAAAGAGUAUUUCUCAAGGAAGGAGGCAGACAGGAUUGAGAUGCCACAUGAGGGUAGUGUAAUCAAAUUAAAGAAUCAUAACCGCUCAGUAGGAGUAAACUUUGUGGUUUAUGUUGAGUUUGAUUCUUCUACUAAGUCAAUGAAUAAUUGUGAGCUAAGCAGUAAUAAGAACUUCACUAAUCAGUAUCAAAAGCAGAAACCAGGUGGGAUCAGCUAUCACAUUGUUUUCUUUGAUAGUAAGCUUUAUUCACAAGCGCCAGUUAUCUAUAGGGUAAAGAGCAAGGAUGAAGAUAUUGGUCAGAUCUUUGUUGAAAUGCUUGAGGAGAAAAUCAAGAAGAUUUAUAAGGAAUUCGACUUUGCCAAGAAGAUGAACUUCACAGAUGAAGAAAGGUGUGAGUUCAAUGAUGCAACACACAGCUGGAUCUGCACUUAAUGAAGGCAAACUGAGAGACCACUGCCAUUUCACAGGGAAGUGUCGCAGAGCAGCUUACUACAAAUGCAACCUACAAUUCAAGAAGCUGAAGCUCAUUCCUGUCAUUAUUAACAAAUUGACUGGUUAUGACUCUCAUCUAUUCAUUAAGAAUCUGAGCAAACCUUUGGGCAGGCUGUAAAAGCAAGGGAAACAUCAAAUGCAUUCCCAAGAACAAAGAAAAGUACAUCAGCUUUGGUAAAGAAGUCGUUGCUGGCCCGUACAUCAACAAAGAAGAUAAAGAAGCUGAAGUCGAGAUUGAGCUUUGCUUUAUCAACAGCUUCAGGUGCAUGCCUUCAUUCCUUGAAAAAUUAGUAAUUUUAGUCAAGGUAAUCCAAGACAAACCAAGAAGGUCUUAAAAGCCUUCAGCCAGGGCUUGCAGGGGUAAGCCUUUAGCCAGGGCCUGUAGGGGUAAGCAGUCAGCCAUGCCGUUGCACAGCAGGACAAAAGCUCUGGAGGGUCAGACAGCAUAGCUGCAAUUGAGUUGAUAUCAAGAAAGGGGGUUUAUCCAUAUAACUACAUGGAUAGUAUCAAAAACUUUGACCAAAGGUGACCACCUAAAGAUAAGCUCUACUCUAAGCUGAAUGACUGUGAUAUCUCUGAAGACUAUGAGCAUGCACAGAAGACCUGGAAAGAGUUCAAAAUGAAGAUGAUGGGUGAUUACCAUGACCUUUAUCUUAAGACAGACCUACUCCUGCUUGCAGAUGUGUUUGAAGAGUUCAGAAAUGUCUGUCAUGAGAAUUAUGGGCUCGACCCUGCCUGGUAUUACAUGGCUCCUGGAUUGGCUUGGGAUGCUAGAUUAAAGGUGACAAAUGUUGAGCUUGAGCUAUUGAGUGACCCUGGCAUGCUGCUGCUGAUUGAAAUAGGAAUUUGUGGAGGAAUCUCCAUGAUCUCAAAUUAUUUUGCACAGGCAAACAACGAAUAUAUGGGUGAAGCUUGUGAGGAAACAAAACCAACAAAAUACAUCCCUUACCUUGUGUUUUUCAAGUUGAUGAACAAUGUGGUCUUUGGAAAAACUAUGGAAAACAUCAGGAAUGGUGUGGGUGUCAGAUUAGUCAAAAAUGCAAGAAAGCAUUGAAACUUACAGCAAAACCAAACUUCAAGCAUUGGAUGAUAUUCAAUGAAAACCUUGUUGCCAUCCACAUGAAGUGAACUAAGCUGGUGUUUGGUAAGUCAGUAUAUUGCAGAAUGAGCAUCCUCGAUAACAGCAAGACUCUGAUCUAUGACUUCCACUAUAACUACACCUAGAAGAAGUAUAGAGAUUGUGCAAAGCUUCUCUUUACAGAUGCUGACAGUUUGAUGUAUGACAUUGAAACUGAAGAUUUCUACAGGGACAUAAGUGGAGAUGUAGGAGAUAAGUUGACAUAAGUGAUUACCCUGAAGAUCAUACGACAGGGAUCCCAACUGGAAAAAAAAAGAAGUUCAUGGGAAUGAUGAAGGAUGAAGGUGGUGGAAAGAUCAUUGAAGAGCUUGUUGGAUUGAGAACAAAACUCUACAGUUACAAGAUGUUUGAGGGAAAAGAGGAGAAAAAGUGUCAAGGGACUAAGAAGACUGUAAUAUAGAAGAAUGUAACCCAUGAAGACCAAAAGGAUUGCUUAUUCUUUGGAAACAUGCAAAUGAGGAAAAUGAUCAUUCUUGAUGAUUGUGCUGCUUUGAGAGAUGCAGAGGAGAGAAGCAGAGGACAAAUAAACUCAUCAAGUUAGCAUUCUGCACAAGACAUAAAGAAAUCAACAUUUAGGUUCUCACACAACAGAUAACAAGCAUUGCAAAACCAUUCAGAGAGAACACUGCUGCACUACUUCUCUUCUACACACCAUCUGACAAGGAUAGGAAGAUAAUUUUCAAGGAUUAGACACAUGUUUGAGGGAAAAGAGGAGAAAAAGUGUUGAGGGACUAAGAAGGCUGUAAUAUAGAAGAAUGUAACUCAUGAAGACCAAAAGGAUUCCUUAUUCAGUGGAAACACGCAAAUGAGGAAAAUGAUCAUUCUUGAUGAUUGUGCUGCUUUGAGAGAUGCAGAGGAGAGAAGCAGAGGACGAAUGAACUCAUGAAUUUAGCAUUCUGCACAAGACAUAAAGAAAUCAAUGUGUAGGUUCUCACACAACAGAUAACAAGCAUUGCAAAACCAUUCAGAGAGACCACUGCUGCACUAGUUCUCUUCUACACACCAUCUGCCAAGGAUAGGAAGAUCAUUUUCAAGGAUUAGGCAAUUAAUAGCGAUGCUAAAAAGUGGUAAGUAUUCACAUCUCAUAUCCUCACUUCACCAUCCUUAUUGAAUUGAUCUUGAACUUUCAUGAAAAUAUUUCUUAAAUAAAAUGGAGAUGUCUGACAAUGAAAAAGAUACUGUUAAUGAUGUUCUGAACAUCAAGAUGAACAAGAUGUUGAGAAAUACUUCAAGAGAUAUGAAGCUUCUUUGUCUUCAAAGACUUGUGAUGCAAUGAUUGAUACAUUUCUCUCUCAUGUUAAACAUCAGCUCAUUUUUUCCUUGUUGAUGAAGGAAAACUUCUGAAGGACUUGACUGAUAACUUCAUGCUAAAGAGAGAACUUAGAAUGAUUGCCAGUGGAUUGAGUCUGAAGUAUGAAAGGCAGUCACAAGUGCUUUCCCACUGUCAAAAAUGUUGAAGUACCUUUGGUCAAUAAUAAGGAAAUAGAUUGUAUUUUUGAAGAAACUGAUCAAGUUCUUAUUAAAGUACUUAUUAAAUAAGAACUUGUGUAAGUACUUUAUACUUUAUAAUUUUAUACUUUAUACUUUGUAAAUACUUUCCGCCAGGCCUCAUAGUGGCUUAACAGGUGACUUAAACUGACAAAAAUAAGAGGAGACCAAAUAAAGACCCGGGGCGUGUCACAGUUGGCAAAAAAUGCUGAACAUAACCGAAGAGUGAGAGAGAAAAUGAGGAAGAGAGGAGGUUUAAAGCAAUCCAAAGAUCCAAAGGAUCCAGAUGCCAAAGGGGCAGGAUUAUAACCAGAACCAGAUCCAGAAACAUCAUCAUUCUCACUCACUCAAAUUCUUUCAGUGGCAAGUGUCAUUCUCUCACUGGCUGGACUGUACUAUAAAAAGAAAAGAGUUGAUGGCACUCGUUAAUGAACCACAGCCACAGGCUCAAGCACAGCAAAGUAAAACAUAGCAAAACACACAAAGUCAAAUUCCUGUGAGAGUAAAGUCGAUGGAUUGAUUUUUUUCUGAUUACCAAAUAAAAUGUCUGAUAAUAAGCUUAUGAAGACAUUGACCAAUUCAGCCACUUUGACUGGAUUUGCUACUGGAAUCAGAUGAGUUGCAAAGAGAAGAACUAAUGACCUCUGAUCUGAAUUAAAAUCUCACAAACAAUGUAAGGGUCACCAUCAUAAUCACUGCAUCAAUCGCGGCAAAAUGGUAUCUCGAAGAACAAAAGAUUUUGCCAUCUUAAAAAUGUUCAGCCAAUUUGAAUGAAUGCAAUUAAGUUAGCAGCAGUCUACACAAUCAUUGAGACUGCCUAUUAUAUAUGAUAUUCUAUAUCAACAAGACAGAGGCAGAACUUUGUCUAAAGUUUCAUGAUGAAUACUUGUUGUCAAUUUUCAAAAAAUGAUGUUGAAGAUAAAUAAAAUGGCAAGCAUAGCAAUAAUGAUUGGAAGAGUGCUGAUCAAUGCAACUGCAUUUGUUUGUGGAAGCUAUCUUGCAAAGUAUUUGAGUGGAGACUAGAACAGUGUUUAAGAAAAGAAGAGACACGAUCUUGCUGUGGAGAAGUACCAAGCAGCUUAUGAAAAGUAUCAAUAAAAUUAAACUAGCUCCUUGAUUGGAUUGCAACUAAUGACAGAGUCAAGGAGCAGGCAAAACAGAGUUUGGUGGACACAGAUUAUGCUUUGAUGCUGUACAACAAGGGGUAUAAUCAAGAGCUUGAUCUGAGAGAACCACAACUUUCUGACUUCUACCAGCCAAAUGUUCAACAAAAGCAAGGUGAAAUGAUCUAUGCUGAGGAAUGGCAUUGAUUGGUUACUAGUCAUUUCUUGUGAACUAUGAUAAAAUGGAAAGAAAACUUUUAAGAGUUUAUUAUAGCCCUAAAGGCUUCUGGAAGGGAUUGCCAGCUGUGAGAAGCUGGCUAAAGAAGCCAGAGUGUCUGAGGAGGUUGCAAAGCUUUGGCUGAUGAAGCAAGCCAUCUGGCAGAUUUAUUUGCCAGCCCUGAAGCAUAUCCUGAGACAAACUUUUGAUGUCAAAUCUCCAAAUGCAACUUGUCAAGCUGAUUUUCUUUUCCUCCCUCAUGACAAAGUGACUGCAAGGUUGUGGAAAUUCUACAGGUAUGCAUUGACUGUUGUUGAUUUUGCAAGCAGAUUCAAGGCUGCUGAACCUAUCACCUCAAAAGAAUUUUCUGAGGUCUCAAAGGCUUUUCAGACAAUCUGUGAGCAUGGACCACUGAGAUGGCCCAAAGUUCUUCAGGUUGAUCUUGGGCAUGAAUUCAUGGGUGAUGUCAAGAGAGCUGACAAAGCAUGAUGUGAAGAUAAGAAGAGGGAAUAUGACCUUUCACAGAGAUCAGGGAAUUGUUGGGCAAUUUAAUUGAACUUUGGGUGAAUGUCUCUUCACUUUCCAAUACAGUGAAGUUGAAUAGUGAAUAACCAGGUUGACUAGAAAGAAACCUGUUGAUGCAAUCAAAGACAAGUUGGUUGAUGCAAAGAGUUCAACAACUUAUUCAAGGCCAGUUAGCCUAAAGAAAAAGAAACUUGACUCUUCAAAGAAUGUGAGAUAUCUCUAUGCUGCUGGUGAGCUGAAAGGUGGUCAAAGAAGAGCAACAGAUCCAAUCUGGUCUCUGAGGGCGAGUCUGUUUUUUACUACACGAAGGAUUGACCAAAGUGUUGUUUUGUCAGAGAAGAGCUACAGUGUGUUCCUCUUGGAAAUGAGUGACCUCCUAAAGGAAUUCAUUCAUUUGAAAAAAAAAAAGAAUUAGUUUCUCCACAGACCCAAGCAAUCCUGUUGAAUCAAUUCAAGAAACUGAUAAAGAUAUGAACAGUGAAAAGAUCAUCAAUCUUGCCAAUCCAAAUGACCACUGAAAUAAAAUUUCACUCACACCAAAAAUGUCAACUUCAAAAAACAAUUGAAGAAACUUUUUCUUUUUUGAUGAAAAUAGGCGUUUUGACCUUCAUUUGAUCAAUGAUCUUAAAAUCUUAAAUGUCAGUGUUAUCAAGAUAUGUAAGAGAAGUUUAAAUGGAACAUCAAUACAUACAAGAAACUGCUUGAUUGGAAAUGGAUUUAUUCAAAAUGUUUUUCUUUCUCUUCAAAAAGAUAGAGAAGUUGUCACUGGUGGAACAAUACCAAGAUCAGGGCUGGAUGUACCAUUCACUGUUGUUGGAGAAAACACAAAAUUAUUCAAUUUACAAAAAAACCUGAUUUUAAAUUUGUUUCUAUUGAUGUUAAACCUUCAGCAGGAUUUAAGAGAAAAGCAAACCCAACAAAAGGAGGAAAGUGGAAAAUUGUCAGCUGUCACUGGAAUAUGGAUAGUAAUGGAGAUGCUGUAAUAAAUUCUCCUUCUAGUGUAAUGGGAGAAGGCUUCUCAACUUUAGUGCAAGAAGAAUUAGUUAUAAUAAUUAUGUAUGCGGGAAAUUUUCAAAACAAGAUGAAGAUAAUUUUCAUGAAGGUUUAAACUCUGACUGUCAUUCUUUGCUCGUUUACAAAGACAUUCUUACGACAGAAGAACAAAUCAAGGCACACCACAACUUCUUCAUAAGAAGAUACAAUAUUGAUGCAGAUCCUGUUGAAUGAAACCAUGAAGCAUGCUUUUUCUUUCCUGCUUUAAUAUUUUGCAUCUUAGUGUAUAAAAGCUUGAGUUGCAAAAAUGAAUAAAUGGAAGAUCAAAACAAAAAUUGAUUUGUCAAUUAAAAAUCUGUGUUUAAAGGUGACACUUCAGGACUUGCUUUCAUGUUUGACUGCAUGAUAUUUGCUCUUAGAUAUAGAUUCUCUGAUCAGCCCUCCAACCCUUCCUUUAACCUGCAUUGUAUUUGUUUACCUUCUUCUGGUUUAGGAGUAAUAAUUCAUUUAAGUGAGCCGUCACCUUGAACUGAAAAAGGUGUAAUUCAAAUACUCCUUUGAAUUGAGUGCUUGUGUUGAAUGCUGAAAUUCAAAUUAAAUAAAAAGCACAAUUGUAUGGUUACAAUUUUCAGGAGGUAAAGGAAAGCAUUGAUGCAUUUGAAGCAAGUAUGAGGGCUGUUAUUCCACCAGCUAGUCCAAUAGGAUUUGAGGGGUAGGUCAAUACUGUGUUAAGCUAUAGUCUCAAUUUAUCUGUCAGUUUUAAGUGAGAUAUCUAGGUGUGUCUUUUGCCCACUUUUUCAAACUUUUGAGGGACAAGAAGAAGCCAACCUCUAACUACUUUUAUAUGGUAGCGCUAAUGUACAUGAUGUGUGGAAAAAUAGAUGACUGACAUUAAAUAAGCUUGAACCAUUAUAAAUGGCUUGUUCAGUCAUUCAAUUUUAAUAAUAUUAAAUGAGAUGGCCUAGAAGACAUCCACAUGUAUCAAGUUAGCCACUGAAAAUGAAUCAAAAUGUUAUAGUUUUUAUAAACAUUCUGUUCAUUGAAAGUUUGUUAACUUGUGAGCUGUUUUGUAUCCAGAGAAUCUAACCGAGAGAUUGACACUGAAAUUGACACAUUCCUUGGUACCCAAUCUCCCAAGAAGCCUGUGGAUCCGCUGUCAUACAUUAAAGUAAGUAAAUAACACUUCAGACAGACGGGUAAAGUUACUGAUUAUAAGGGUAGCCAAGAUUAUGAUUGAAUAUUUAACCUCAGUUAGGUUUAAGAGGACAAUGAAACCUGUAUUAAGCUACAGACUUCCAAAGUAAUAUUGCCAAUGUCCAUUAUAAGACAACAGAUUUACAAAUUGAACUGCAGAGUAAAUUGUUAACCCCUGAAUAGAUGAAGAACAGGGUGAGUGAUUAUAUAAAUUAACAAACUUUCAAAUCCAGCUGUUUCCAUGAAGAGACCCACAAUUAUGUUGUCCAAUAAAUGUUUUUAAAGAAAAAAAUUGUAGACUUUAUCUGUAAUUUGAAGCUUAAUGUUUUUAGGGACUAUUUUGUGUGACCAAAGCACUUCGUGUAUUCCUUUUGCUGAAUGUACAUUUAUUUUACUGUAAAUAUGGAUGGAAAGAUUUGUUACCUGCAGGCUCAGCUAGUGUCCACUCAAUAGAGUGUGUUUAUAUAAAGUGGGGUCUUCUUCUUCCCAAAUUGAUUUUCUGAGUUUAACGUUUCCUACCUACCCUAUUGUCUAUUUGUCAACUUUUAACAAAAUAAAUGCAGGUUAAAGGAAUAAUAAUUGAUAAAUUGUUGCUUGUGGCCAUCUCAUAGAUUGCAUUUCUAUUUCUUUUCUACUCAGCCCAGAUCGAAUGAUGAUUACAUCAAUAAAAUCAGGACAAGACUGGAGGAAAACUCAGUUGCUAGAAAGGUAAUAUUGCAUUUCUAAAGCCAUAUAAUGUUGUAGGUGAAAAGAUGUUAUUAUCAUUAUUAUAGUAGCUAUAUGGUAUAUUAUAAGUAACUGGACAUGGUUUGAUGUUACUCUGGUUUACAGAUUUAAUGAAUGUAACUAGAGAAGUUACAACUCAGACCCAAUGUUUCGACACUCCUGUCUAGUGCCUUCAUCAGGGGUGAUCUAAAUGCUGCAACAAGAGGUCCUUUUAUACGAUCACUAAUUAGCUGCCUUUUUUCUGAUGAGGUGUAAAUAGGCGUCAGGAAGUAAGCCUGAGUAAAGUUUUGCCUACAGCCUUUUUAUGGCAUAGGGUGGUGAGAAUCAAAAGUGAGGUAUUUGUUGGUGUGGGUAGGUUUAUGAUAGACACUUUUCUCUAAAUUCCCCUGAACCCCUCAGGACAUAUUUAAAUCAAGAAACGGCAAAUGUCUAUCAUUUUCAUGCUCAAGGGUGAAUUUGAUAAACAGCUUUACUGUUUACAUUUCCGCAUACCGCAGAAAUAACAUCAUCGACAUGUUAUCUAAGUCUGUAGCCAAAACUUUACUUAGGAGGGCUGACUGUCUACCAUCUUCUCUUAAUUCAAGGGUGAGGAGAGGAAAUAUGACUCUGAUGUCUUAAAGGCAAAUGGCUAUACAAAACCUUUUCUCUGUAACUGCCAAAAACCAGUAACAACUAGUAGCACUCCUGAUGAAAGGGAACCAGUGACUGGUUUUGCCGUUAUUCCUUAUAUUCAGGGUGUUACAGAACCCAUCAAGAGAAUUUUGAAUAGCCAUGACAUUAAAGCAUCAAAAACCUUUUCAGACUUUGGGGCAUAUUUUUGCCAAACCUAAAGAUCCUGUCACAAAAGAACAACGAACUGACGCCAUUUAUUCUAUUCCUUGUAAUGACUGUGACAAUGAAUACAUUGGACAGACCAAACAUCAGUUUUGUACACAUUUGAAAGAGCAUCAAAAAGCAGUUUUCUUUUGCAAAAAAGAAAUUUAGCUCUAUCGGAGCACACAUGCCUAACUAACCAUACAAUUGGGUGGAAUAAAUCUAAAAUUAUCACCACUAAUCGGCGUUACCACCAGUGCCUUUGUUUGGAAGCUUUAACUCUGCCCACGCUCCUUUAAAUUGUGAUGAUGGUGGUUUACUUCCUGAUGCCUAUUUACAAUUUGUCAGAAAAAAGGUAGCUAAUUAGUGAUUGUAUAAAAGGACCUCUUGUUGCAGCGUUUAGAUCACCCCUCAUGAAGGUACUAGACAGGAGUGUUGAAACAUUGGGUCUAUGAAUUGUAACUUCUUCGGUUACAUUUGUUAAAUGUGUAAACUAGAGUAGCAUCAAACCAUGUCUGAUUGUCCACUUGGUUGUCAUGUGAACUUUAAUAUAUUUUAUAAGUAACUGUCCAAAAGAGCCAGAAGAAAUUUGCCUGAAGCUCAGGAAGACCUUUUCAUGCUGUUACCAGUUGUUUAGCUGUUUCCUUGUUGUUGUUUUUUUAACUUGCAUGUUGAGUGACAAGAAGUCACAAUAACUACAGGGUUCCAGAAAAUAACCAGCAUAUCCUCUUUUCUAGGAAAGAGAGAAGAGAAGAAGGAGAGUCUUGAUUGAACAGAUGAAGGCACAUGAGGCUCAAGAAGUAAGAUUAAAGAGGAAGCUAAAUAUCUUCUAAAUGCUUUAAAUUGAUGUCAUUGUUACUUUAACUUAAUUGUUUGAUGUUUAGAGAAUGUGGUCCAGUUACAGUGUAGCUAAACAUCCCUGGCAAAAUCUGAUUGAAGUAUUCAAAAGUAUAUGUAAUUGAUGAAAUGUUUCAUAUAAUUCUUGCUUUGAAAUCAGAAAAUACUUCUCAGUGCCCCUUUUUCAGGCAGCAUUUAUAUAACACUUAAUACUUAAAUAACGUUUUGUUUUGGAAAGAUUCAUUGCUGAACAAACACCAAACACUUAUUUCAUUGAUACAUUAUAAUAAUUAUAUUUAGAGAAAUUUAGGAUUUUAUCUCUAUCACAUGGAAAUGUGGAUUAGAUAAUAACCAAAAAAUUGUAGAAUGAUUUGCGUGAAUAAUUGGUUCCAUACAAGUAAUUCAUCAGUGAGUCUUAUGCCAAUUUUUCAGGAAGCACAUCGUGAAGAGAUGCUUGUGAACAGACUCAUGAGACAAUCGCAGCAGGAGAGAAGGAUUGCUGUUCAACUUAUGCAGGUUGAGUCUUAUGCAUUGGUGUUACUUUAACUAAGGCCUACAUUUCUCAAUUGUUGGUAUCAAUCUUUAUCAAUACUUAAUAACAGUGACUUAUUCAAACCAAAAACAUUUGUCACAACUUGUGUAUGAGUGUCAUAAGUGUACAUUUUUUCAUCCCAAUGCUCAGACAAGUGCCAUUUAAGACUUGGUUUAGAAUGGCAAAUUUGAUUUGAUGGUUUUGUAAAUUCAUUUUCAAUGUACCCUACAAUGUAAGCUCCAUUAGACUGUGAAGGGUUGGUCAUAACAGCAUUAAAGUUUAAAAUCUGUGGUAAAAACUGCUGACAUAACAUUAACAGGAUUUCUGGUAAAUGCAAUCGGCAGGUGAUGGACUUAUUAAAAAUGCAAUCUAGUUCCUGUGAUUGUCAUAACAUGAAACUUGGAUUUUGUUGGAACUAAUUAAAUCUUGGGUAACAUUCUUUCUCCCCUAACUGUAACACAAAUUGGACUGUUUUGAAAUAACAGCAUGUAUUGGAUAAUAGAAAUCAUUAUGUGUUGCUGGGCCAUGAAAUACUCUUUCACAACGAGCAAUUUUUAUACAAAAAGUCCUGUCUAACUUUCCUUCUGAUAAGGAGAACCUAUGGAUUCUUUGGAUCAGGUAUAACUGAUUGGACUUCUUUUCUUCAAUUGGUGUAUUUUGUUGUUUCCCAAAAUGCUGCAUUAUAACGGUUUAGAUUUCAACUUACAGUAAUGCUUUACUGGCUACAACAACUUCUCAAUAUUUUGCUGUAAAAUAUGAGAUUAGCAAGAUAAAAAACUUUUGUGUGAAUGCCAUCAAAUUAAACUUUAUUAACUUAAUUGCUUCAACUACCCACAGAUUCGCCAUGAAAAAGAAGUCAUUCGUCAAAACAGGUAUGUUGGGUACACGUGGAAUAAGUUGUAACCUGUCUUUGAAUAAUGCUCUUGGUGGUAAGCAUUUAUCCUUUGGUUAAUAUUCUUGGUGAUAGUAGGUAAUGAUUGGUCCAAAUUAUUGUUGAGUUGACAUUGAAUCCAGCUAUUUUAAAAUUUGGACCCGCAAUGAUCAAAGAUAUUUGAUGAAAGUAUUUUUUUCUAAAAAAGGAUAUUUAGAGAGAAACAGUAUGCAGAGAGAAGACUGAAAGACUUUGAUGAUGCAUUAACAAGAGAAGCGGUAAGCGCUUAUGUACAUAAUAGUCUUAUGUUUAUAACUAACAUCAAUGUCAGAUUAAACAUAUUUAACUUUAAAGAGCUGGUUAUUUACAAAUAAUUUAGCCAUUGUUUAACAACACUACAUACCAAUUGAAAGUAUCUCCACUUUAGCCAAACCUUUCAUCUGAAUAUUUAUUUUUGUGAACAGUAUUAAGAGAACCAAAAGCUAACAAUGGAAAUACCUUUUUUUUUAAAUUAAAUAAAUCCUCUUAUACACAAUACCUGAGGCCCACUGCUUGCAUAAAAUGGUGGUUUGGUUUACACCCCAUGUAAAUAACCACUCCUUAAGUUUUGGAAAAUUUUAUGGCAAGCUGUCACAAAAUGUGCCUUGUUGAGUAUUGUGAUAUACAUGCAGUAUCUUCCCUUAUGCUGCUCUGAUUGUACUUAUGUUGAAGUUAUAUUCCCAGGAAAUGCAUUUGCUCAUCUGAGUUAAUUAUGAGAAAAGUUGAGAUCAUAAACUCUGUGAUUUUAAAGUAACAUCACAGUAAACUUUUCAACAGGAAUUAUGUCGUCAGGCCAGAAUAGAAUAUGCAGAGGAGACAAGGAAAGCUCAGGAAUUGAAUGAUAAAAUAAAAGCAGAAAUUGCAGAGGCAAAGUAUCAAAAGCACUAUAAUAUUUGCAGGGAGGUAAGUCCCCUUCAUAGUGCUUCACCAGUUCGGUAAUUUAGUAUACCCACAAGGUUUGUUUUCUUGUUUUGUCACCAUUCAAAUUUAUGUAAGUUAAUUGGCUAGUGACACUGACAUUCAAUACAAGGAAUGGAGAGGCUGAAAGAAAAACAUUUCUGUUGCUGAUGAAGAGGAGACUUAAUUGUUUUGUUUAAAUUAGUUACUUAUCUGGUACCUCUGUAAGUUGAUAUUUUAUUUAAUCCUCUGAUUUCUUCUUUCCUUGUUUUUUGGCUGUUUUUCUCUCAAAGGUUUUGUCACAGAUUGUGGACUUCUCUUGUAAAAUAGGAGAAUAUAGAGAACUCACUGAAAAGUAAGUUUGAAUGCAUUGUAUGCUCUUGAAAGGAAAGCAUAGAAAUUUUCUUUUUGCCAAUUAAUAAGCCUUCAAGGUCUUAAUAAAUUUGUACAGUUUUAAAGUGUUUUUAAAAUUUAGAUUAAUUGGUUACUGUUGUUGGCAUGAAACAGGGAAAUAGUAUUUAGGGGGUUGAAAAUGUGCAAGGUGUGGUACAUGUUUAUAUAAUGUUGAUUUGAGUUGUUCUCAUGUUGAUGAAACGUAAUUGGAGAAGAAUUUUUAUUCAUGUCAUAUUGCUGUAAUAUGACAAUAAAUUUUAUUACAAAAGAUAGUGAUCUCCUUUGGAGAUCUUGCUAUACAUUUGCUGUAAGGUACAGAAAUGCAAGGAUAAGAUAUGUACAAAAUUGGAGUGUCUAAGUGUUUUAGAAAUUACAGUAAUAUUUUCAUUCUCUCAACAAAAAUUACCAGACAGUGGACAAACCAUUAUUUGUGCUUAGAGUGAAUUGUGAUCGACUGUGAUUGGUUUAUUAUUGAAUGUGUGCACUUAGCACAACAAUCUCUGUUUCAUUUGACACAAAGUUUAUGAUUGUUUUAAUAUACCAUAAUCUGCUGUUCAUUUUUAUUUCCAUCAGUAUGCACAAUUAGAAUGAUGUAAUUAAAUUUUGUAUCUUCCGACACAGACUCAUUCCACCCAAGAUGUUCAGAGAAUGGAAAGCACUGUUCUUUGAAGGACUUCCCAUUUAUGAGGAUCAGGUUAAGCCAUUUUUUUCACUCUAGAUGUGUUGUAUUUUACUUAAACUGCACUACAGGACAGCGUAGUUGAAACACCUAAUAUAAAUAUGGCAUUCUUUGUUCUUUUUUUCAGCCAACAGAAGAGUCCAGUACUGAACUUUCCAAACAGAAAGAAAUUGAGAAAGAAAAAGAGGAUUUGAUGGAUGAGGGUGAUUUUUUAGAGUACAAGGUGGGUAGCAACCAAAGCUAAUAUGCAAUUUCAAAUUUGGCUGGAAUGAAGUCCACCUUGAAUUAUAGACUAGUUUCGAAGGACAAAGAAACCUAAAAGUUCUGUUUUUUCUUGUUGUUUGAGUGUUGAUCUCUGCACAGACUUGUAUCAAAUGCUUUUAUCUUGUCAACCAUGUAAACUUUUAAAUAGCCUCUUUUUUGUAUUUUAAGGUUAAGUUUAGAUUGAAAUGAUUUUACACUGGUUUCAAUUUUUUCUGCACUUAUCACCAAAGUCCUAAGUGUGUGGACAACUGUCUUAUGCAUCAAGUUAUUUUUUUCUUUUUCACAUAGAAUUUAAUUGGUGAAUGGACUCCUGUUGAAGGAUCAGAAAUCCAGGGACCUGCAAAGGAUAAUGCAGUCCUAGGUCAUAUCAUUCACAGGCUCUUUAACAUUGUCUCUCCACCAGAGGUAGAGUGAUUAUGUAUUGUUAUCUCAAGUUCUUGAACUUGAGGUUAACCUCAUAGCUAUGUCUACAACUGUUAUGGAUAUUAAACUGUAGGGGAAAUAUCUAGAAAUUUCUAGAGUGCUUAGUCAUGCUGACUUACAUACCAUGGAACUUUCUGGAACACUUGAUUAGGUCAUGUAGUCAUGAAGUAACACUACCAAAGUGGUCGUGUUUUAAGCUUCCAGAAUGUUCUAGAAUACCUUGUAAAUGCUCAUAGGGACUUCAUGGUGUAGUACUGAUUUGUAACCAAACUUUUGGAAGAAAAUUUCAAUUUAUAUUUCAAUAAUAGGUUGGAGCAAAUAGGUACUUUUACUGUCAACAGAUUGUUAAGGGUUUUGUUUAUUAUGUAGGCACCUCCACCUCCACCUGAGUUUCCACCUUUUCCAAUCAAGGUCUGUUUUCUUGGAAAGUUUUUUAGUGGGAAAACCACAACAAUUAAUAAAAUUCUUGAAGGUGAGUGAUGCUUUGUUUAUUAUAUAAUUGUUCGUUGAUGUUUGACUUUAUUUUGAUGAACAGGACGAUUAGAAUUCACACAAGUUUUUUUUUUUGGUGCUGAUUGCAAGUCAUAGGUGAACGUAAGCAAAGUGCCUUGGGGUUGCUACUUUGGAACCAGUGUGUUGUUUAAACUGUGUGUGUGUGUGUGUACGUGGGGGGGGUAUCUGUCUCUUUUAUGAACAAUUUUUGUGCCAAAUAUGCAGUGUUUUAUUGUGCUUUAUUGAUAUAAUAUUGUUAAUGCUUUUAAAAACUUUCUUUUAAAAUGUACCUAAAAGCUAGAUGACUUGUAAUUAAUUCAUAUCUUGAAAUUUUGCUAGCCAGUUUUGGCAAGUGAUUAUCAAAUUUGUAAUUUAAGACUUGCUAACAUUUGUGAAAAGGUGAGUAGGAUCCCUUACCUGUUGAUAAUAUGCAAUCUAGGCUUCUACUUUAUUAUAUACAUGAAAAAAUUGAGGUAUAUAAAAACAGGGGUUCUUUCAAUUUCAAAGAAAAAGUUUUUCUCUUUUUUCUUCAUGUGAUUAAAAUGUAUUCCAUUCUUUGGAUCAUUCUUUCAUUUCAGGUCAUCGAAUGGUUAGACUCUCUGUGGAUGAUCUUGUUGCAGAGGCCAUUAAUGCUUUUAAAAACAAUGAAUGUAUAGAGGAACCUUCAGAGGAGACAGCAAUACUGGUAUGGUGGUUAUCUUAAGAUUCAUAGUCAUUAAGAGUGCAAGUACACAAAUACUUGGUAACCUGAAGAGCUUAGAGACUUAGCAUAAGUUUUUUUUUCCAGGAUGAAGGAACCUCCACUAAGAAAGUGAGCAUCCAUGAAGAGACUGGUAAGAGUAAAGACCAAGCAUCUGAGGAGUCUAGGGCUGUGACACCACAGUCAGGUGCACCAGAAGACACAAUGGGAGAGGGUAGAGGUUUGUAUUCAGACAGACACUUAAAUACCUUCAAUGCAGAGCCCUUAAAAUGUUUCCUUUUCCAUUGCCUUCCCUGUUGAGAAAGUGAGUUUGUUCUCUAGCCAAAAUAAGAGGAAAUAAUUAGAUUGAAAACUGAACAGUCCUGAAGUCCUUAAGUUGGAAGUCUUGGUUUCAUAUUCUCUUUAGUGUGGUUGAUUAACAUACAGACGGAAUGCAAUGGAGUCAAACCUGAUUGACAGCUGAGUUUGUGUAAAAAGCUCAUAUUUUAGGGACCCAAAAACUGUGCUAACUGGAGCAGGCAGCAAUUUUAAAAGAAGCCAUAUUCACAUGGGGUUGUUUUAGCGAGAUUGGUGUGAAAUAUGGAGAAAUAUUUGAAAUGACCUCUACAAACAUUUGGCCCACCAUUCAUGAAACAGGUCACUGGAGCAAACCUUCUCAACUAUUGUUUGUGUAAAAAUAGAAAAUGAAGAUCCUAACAAAGUGGAAGAAAAACAAGUCAAUGAAGCUGUAAAUGUGGAAGAAAAAAGAGAUAAGACUAAAGAAGAACUUGAGAAAGAAAUGACUGACAUAAAAGACGAUGACCAGAAAUCACCAUCUAAGUCUAAAGAGCUGGAGCCUGUUUUAUCAAGAACUAAGGGGCCCACUGUGAGUGUUAUUUGACUGUCUCCUCUUGUACAUUAAUUUAAUACAGGUAUAUUGGGUAGAUAUGGGUAAUAGAGUCUCUUUUCAAUGAUGUAAGGUGGUUCUGAAACUGAACUACAGAUUUCUUUUAUUCUUUGUUGAAAGAUAAAUAUCAUUACUGCAAAUAUUAGUACAGUUUCUUUAAAUUUAUGAACAGAUUAAAAAGUAAUGAGAUGUGAUGUCUGGAAGUAAAUAAAGUCCUCUUUCAGAGUCAUUCCCCUUGGGAACCUUUUCUUGGACUUGCAUGGGCUCUUCUCUCUUCCCUUAAUCCAUAACAAUGUUAAAGCACAUAUGACCUUAUACUUCACUGAGGAAAAAUAAACAUCAUUGUGGGCUGUGAGGAGGUAUUUCCUUGUCAUGAGUAAGUAUAUGUUUCAAAUGUGUCCUUCGAGAUUGUAACUCUUUCAAUUAAUAAUGUUUUCCAUGAAAUUGAUCUCAUUAAGAUUGACCUCUGACCAGAAUAUGAACUUGUUUUUAAUUGGCGAUUCAAAUAUUAAGGUCAAAAGGGUUUCAAUGUCUGUUAUCUACCUUAACAGUGUUUGUGAUUCUCUCUACUUUGUCACUGAUUGAUGGAUGGUUUAAUUCAACAUUUGCUGUUGUUAGCAAAGGGUUAGCUAUUAAUGAUAAACUUGUGAUUUGAUAUAUAUUGGCAGCUCACAGUCCGUGCUAAAUUGGGUUCAAAGGCUUAUAGCUUUCUAAAAAAGGGGAAAACCACACCAGACCAAUUAUUGGUUGAUAUCAUGGUAGAAGCUGUCAGGUAAGUGUGCUAGUAACUCUUUUGAAACCAAAUGCCCAUUCAAGGUGACCUAUUUGUUGUAAGUUCUUUUUUCACAUUUUGUCAUUGACUCAGUGUCAACAAUGAGAAUCCACCACUAACAGGAGUGUGUUCAAUUUGAUAGGCAAGUCCCGGAGGGUAGCGGUUGGAUCAUGGAUGGGUUUCCUAGUACAAUUAACCAAGCCAAGGUAUGUUGUGAUUAUUGGAACCAACACAGUUCCUAGUUAAUAUAUGCCUGGAAAUUAUCUGAGGCUAUUCUCUCCCUAAAAAGGAGGACCAUGAAUGGCUAAACUCCUGUUACUCCUCUUACCCAUAUCAGUUUUGUUAUGGUAUGACUAAAGGGCAUCUCAAGACUCUCAAAUUGAAAAGCCUGUGAUACCACUCCCUUGAACCCAGAGAAAAGUAUUCCCUUAAUACCAUUAUUCUUAAACAGAAUGCCAAUAACACAUUUCAUAUUUUGCAUCCCAAUUUCAGCAGCAUUAUCCCAAUCCUUGAAAUAUAUCAACAUAUAUUUCCUUUUUCAAGCAGCCUAUAAACAUUAUGAAUGGUUAUAACUUGAAUUAUGAAUGUUUAUGCACUUGAACUUUGGCAAAAACCCUUCACUUAGGAAAAAAAAAAACUAUUUCAGAGAAAGUCUAAAGGUGAAAAGUCUUCUUAAAUUAAAAUUUGGCAGAAAACCCUGCUUUAUUGGAAAAAAAAUACUAUUUCAGAGAAAGUCUAAGAGUGGAAUGAAAAUCUUGUCUUCCUAGCAGUUUAAAACCAACACCCAGAGGUGCUUAAUCAGGAAGAUAAGGGUUUCACCUAAUGUUUUCUCUCCAAUAAUUUCAGUUGUUGGAAAAAUCACUCAGCGGAUAUGAUGCACAGAAGGAAGCUAAGGAUGCUAAAGCUGCCAAAGAACCUAGCAAAGUUAGCAAGACCAGGAAAUCCAGACUGGCACCAGACCCCCACCCUUCACCUGAGGUAUGUGUUAGCAUGAAAAAAAUGAGUUACAGGCUGACUGAAGCAACUAAUCAUUGGCUUGAUGGGUCUACUGAUUCACGACUUUUUUGUCCAAGAAUACACCUGGUUUGAUUUCAAAAUUAUCUAUGAAAUCAAAUAUUUUAAGUGCCCAUUCUGUAAUUUGAAAAGGUGGGAAAUAUGGAUAUUAACAAAUUUGAAAUUGAUUCUCUUUUCUUUCUGAUUUAAUUUGUUGGCACAUGCCAAGGUAUUAAAUUGUUCACCAUUUUCGUUCUUUAAAGGCAGGCAUUGAGCUUUACCCAUCCUGAGUUGCUAUCUAAUUGCAGUCAGACUAUGUAUGACUUAAGUUACUCCAUUGCCAAUUGGAAUAUCUUUUCUCAUGAUCAGGCUCCUGCACCCAAGAGUGGUAUUGACUUGGUAUUGUUGUUUGACCUGCCUGAUGAAGUUUCACUAAUGAGAGCUGAAGGAAGAAUGUGUAAGGGCUUUAUGACCAAUCUAAAUUGAUUAACUUGACAAAUGAGAACUGAAUCUGGUUUAUUAUCUUUAAUGCAUAGACUCCUGAAGUUCCACAAAUUUCCAGCCUCACUUUUGACAAAAGGCAUUGAUAUCCAGACCUUCAAAUUCAUUGCCAUAUGUCAAGUAGAAAUACCUUUUAUUUCACUAAAUUCACACCAUUUACACUUGAGUACCAACAAACUUUCUUUCCCUAUUUUUUGUUUGUUUGUUUAUUUUUUUCAAAUUUCUGUUUUUUCUUAUCAUGCUGAAGAAUGGAAGCUCUAUGUAACCAUUUAAAAAUGCUUAACAGGAGAACUCCAUUGUACAUAAGUAUGCAUUGGUAGAAUUUUCCUCUUUCAAUAUUAGGCUAUUAAGGAGCACAUUCUAAUGUGUUUGUUUUCAGAUGAUCCCAUGUCUUCCCAGCAGUACCAUCAAGAGUAUAAUCCACCAGUAGAAGGCAGUUAUACAGGCAUUAAUAAACAUGAAAAAGUUAUCCCCGUAACUGAUCCUUCAAAUGACCGUGAGCAAGUCCAGCAGAGGUUAGCCUUCCUCUUUAUUCUUGUUUACUCUAUAAUCAAGCAAAGUUACUUUAAUGAAAUGAAUGGGAUUGUGUUGUGAAAUUUAAGAGAGAUGAAAUAUGAUAGAGUGGAAGCUUAACUCAAGAAUUCUUAGACAUAUUUUUCAAUUAACAGUAUUUGGAUUUGUUCAAUAUGUUUUGUGUGCCAGAGUAAUCUAAAAUUAUGGUUUGAAAAGUAAUAAGAUGGGUGCAAGCAGGAAGAAGAAUUUUUGGCUUGUCUUGUGGUGAGAUGUCUUUUCUUCUCUUACAGGAUUGUAGGUUUUGGUGAUGGCUGGCCAAAGCUAGAAAAAUGGUUUGCUAAGUUUGGUGUUCUUCAACGCGUUGAUGCAAACAGCAGUCAAGGUAAAUGACAUUUAUACAUGUAUGUACUUAAAAUUUUAUCUGCCCGGAAUUUUCAUUGUAUUGCAUCAGUUAAGUGCUUUCUGAUUUAUAUUGAUCAAUUUAAUGUCAUAUCCUUUAAGGGUUGGAAAAAGAAGGGUUUUUAGAAGAUAAGCGCUAUGGCACUUAACUAAUAUGUCACCUAAUAUUUUUCUGUUUUCGUGUUUAGAUGAACUGUAUGACGAAGUAUCAGCCUUACUGAAUGAAACUUAUCAGAAAUUAAUUGCACCACCUGAGGAGCUUCCUUCUGUGAGUAGUCUUCAUUGACUUUAAGUGUACUAAGUUCUAGUAAGAGGACAAUUUUUCAGUAGACACAAUAACCGGUGAUAAAUAGCAAAAGUAAACUACAACAUUUAAAGCGAUCCUAGUGUCACUAUCAAUAAACAAAUGGAAGUUUUAGUUUCAAGUUUUCAAGCAUCGAUGCCAGAUUUGUGAUUAGUUUGGGUUAUUGUUCGAGAGUCAUAUGAGCAUUCAUGAUCAACAUAUUUCAAUUCCUUUUUACCUCAUGGUAUGAUGUUAGUAUGGGUAGGUAUAGACCUAAAAUUCACUCGCCCACUUAAGAUUUCUUACCCGGUCAAGAUCACUCACUCUAUUCUUAUCUGUUAGACAAUUGAUUUAUGCAUUGGACGUGGAGUAAACGCAUUAUCCCCUCCCUUCCCUACCAGGUUUGGUUCUUUCCCUACAGAUGUACUAUCGUCUUCUGUUUAUAUAUCUGGGGAGCGAGACAAAGCCAGGAACUUUUUUCUAAGCACGUGGGGUGAUCAACUCGUGUAAUUCAAAACUGAAUCUGUCAUACAAUGUAGGUUCGAUGAUAUCCAAUAACUGGACAAAAAUAUCGUGUUGAAGUCAUGAUGUCCGGGAGUUAACAUUGUGUAUGUCCUUAAACCUUAUACUGUAAUUCUCUCUGGAAUUAGGAACCCUCUGUUCACCAAGGACAGGCAGCUGAAGGUAACAUUUACAUACCUAAGUCACCAUUAUUAUUGUAACAUUUAGGACCUGCAGUUGAAAUGUCUUUUAAGGGAUUUCUAUUAAGAUUAAUAACUUGGCAGUACAAAUACAUGCCUAUUUGACAUAUCAUCUUUGUGACGACAAUGUUAAAAUGGUAGCUUUCACUUCAGCUUUUUCCAUGUGAUUUUCAUACAUGUACCCUCUGAUGUUAGUUAGCUGUGUGAGUGCAUGGUAACUCAAUCAUCCAUAACCCAAACUACGAGACACAGUCUUAUUUUCUUUUAAAUGCAAUCAUCUUUAACAUUCUCUCAAAUCAUAUAAUUUCUCAAAAUGAAUGAUUUGACAACUUAUGAGAGAGAUUGACUUCUAUUACAAUGCAAUACUCAUCAGGUGGAUUUUUCUUUAGCUGAGACGCCAUCAGGGGCUCAGGUGCCUGCUGGUGAUGGGCCUUCAGGUGAAGGCUUGGGAAGUGAAGGCGUUACAGCUCCUCCAGAAAGUGUUGCUCCGCCAUCUGAGGCUCCAUCUGAGGUAGGGGCCAAAUCUGAUGGCAAGUCAGAGAAGGGUACUUCAAAGAAUAAAGCAGACUCCAAACCAGGUUUGUUUGACACUAGUUAGCCUAAUUACAGAAACUGUCGUACAAUAACUGGAUGCGAUGCGAAAGUUGCAGUGUGCUAUGAUAUUUACCUCACGUUGCUAUGGGAGUAUAACUUUUAACUUCCAACUUUGUCUUAAUUACUCUUUGAUUAUUUUUUCUAACCCUGGUUGUGGACCAACUAGGUUUUGGUAUUUUCAGUCAUUCUGCUUACGUUACUUUUCAUAGUUGAACAGCAAUGAUGAUAAAAGAGCAUUUUUAAAAUUUACACUUUCACAGACAUUUUAAAGAUAAUUAGACAAAUUCUUUUCUAGCUGACCAUUCAGUCUCUUUUGGCUUCAACAUUUGGAAGUGUACAUGUAAUACUUUUGUGUCAGCAGAUGAUCUGUUCCGGAAAUUAAAUUAGUAAGACAUUCGGAGCUUCUCUUUUUGGUUCAUAUUCUGAGAAACAUUUAACAGGUUGGGCUAAACAUCACUUGUUGUUGUCCUUAUCUUAAGGCUCUCCAAAGUCCAGGAAAAGCAAGAAGGAUCGCUCACCCUCCCCACCCGCAUCGAAGAAAGGCACUAAAAGCCGUACCCCAUCCCCUCCCAGUUCUAAGAAAGGCUCAAGAUCAGGAUCCAAGUCACCAUCAGCGUCAAAAAAGGGCUCUAGACCUGGUUCCAAGGGAUCAAGACCCGGAUCAAAGAGAGCUAAAUCUGCCAGUAUGUGUUUAUUUUAUUUUUGACUGGAGGGGCGGUUUCGACGUUAAAUGUCUUAUUUUUCCAUAUAAAUAUAUUUUCCUUUGCAAUAUUUUGGAGUCAGAGUCUACGCCCUGUCCUACUUAGGAGGAAUAGGAAAGUUAUUUAAAUGUGAUACUUCAAAUACUGCUCAUUCUGUUUCAUUAUUGCAGCAUCAGGGAUUUUUGAGGAAAUUUUCCUAAUAUGAGCUUAACUUUGUUUUGAAUCCACAAGAACAGCAAAAUACAUAAACACUCAGAGCCUGAGAAAUAUAGAAAGAUUCAGGUUGUCGUGAGUUUGCGUGAUCGGGAGUGGAGAGAAAAAGACUGGAAAGAUAGAAAAUAUUGCGUUUGUACAUAGAGUACCUUUUAAUCCAUUGUAUCAUGGAAAAGAAAAGUUAAGUGGUGAUAGAGCGUUUGAAGAUGGAGUUUAGCAGCGCAGCUUGAUGGAAAUAAAAGUCAUUUUAGUUAGCUUUACCUUAAACCAGUGAAAGCCUAACCGGACUCCAGAGAUGCUAAAAUGAGCGCCUAAAAGCACUAGUUUUCAAGAGUGAAAUUGCAUUGAAAUAAUUUUAAUGGAAACAAAAGAUUGCUUCGACGUACCAGUUGUUCGAGCUAGCAAGUGUUUGAGUUACCAUGUGCAAAAUAAAAGUAUAAUAGGUGACUCAAACCCAAGGGAAAUAUUUUCUUAUUCGGGUAGAUGUGAGUUUUGAAGUAGCAAAGGUUCACUUUACGUUAUAAACUAACAAUAAUAACUCAAAAUAACCCUGAUAUCUCAGAGAAAGGCGCUGAAGAGCCAGAGGAGGAGAUACCACCUGUACCCCAGGGGCCACCCGAGCCAGAGCCUGGUUCCGAGGACUGGGAAUAUGUUGAUCAAGCUAUUGAUGUGGUAUGUUUUUUUUAAAUUCCAUAUCAUUCAAUGCUUACUGUGUUGCCUGUUAAAUAUGACCUUUUAGGAGUAUAAAAUAGUUAUCAUUUGCUUCGCACAUUGGACUGGCCCGCAAAUAGGCAAGCUAAUCGAUGGGCCAGUCAAAGUUUAUGGCGCUCUAAAUAUAUAUUGAAGAAGAACAGAGAACGAAUCAUAUAUGGUAUAUGUAUUUUCUUCUUUAGUACCAAACGUUUUCAGGUACAUGUUUGUAAUUUUUUUAGAGAGCUUCAUAAUUUUCAUAUAUGAUUGUUUACUCUAUUUUAGAAAGUUUCGAGUUAGAAAACCCGAAUUACAAGAGGGUUAGUGCAGACAUCACGUAUAUCGGCUCUUCCUAAACAGGGUUAAAUGAUUCCCCGUUUCUCUGACAAUUUAAAUAAAGUUUAUACUUUCCCCUUCAAAGAGGUUCCUUAUUAAGAUAUAUCCUUUUUUGUGUGUGUCCAAAUGUUUUUGUAUCAGCAAAAAAAUCAUUGAGUUUCUGUUUGCGCUUUUAAUUUGUGUCAGAAAUCAGUAUUUAUUAAGUCACUUGUAUCUCUGUAGGAUUUUGCUGGAGUUCUUGUCUCUCAGUGGGAGAGUACUGAAGAAGUCUACGUUGAAUCUUGUAAAAACGUCUUUGGAUUGAUCAGACGUGAAAGAGAACUUAUCCAUAGAUAUUUCUACGGAGUAAGGUUAGAGGUUCCCUUUAGAAGCUCGAAUGUUUUAUGUAAUUUAGGGGAAGAAACCAAGCCAACAAUGUUUUUGCUUUCUUAAAUAGUUAGCUAUUUAUGAUAGUCACCAACUACCACAUCUUCUACUAUAAAUGAACAUGUGUGAACAGAGAUUUGUUGCUUGGUUAUUGAUUAUUUUUUCCUUGAUGACUUUUUGCUGUCGUUUUAUGUGAUUUAGUUCCUCAAACAUCUCAUCAUUUCAUCUAUUGUAGUUCUUUUGACCAUCCAUGUUAAUUAGAUGAUUUGGUUCGUUUUACAGAAAAGAUUUUGUAGCGUUUUUGAAGAGGCCAGAUGAGAAACAGGAAUAUGUCCUUCAAUGGCAAAAGGUAAAUUCUAAAGAAUAAUUUAAACGGCAAUCAAGACUAUUUACAAGCAGUGAGAGGGGGAUUUUGUCUUGCAAGAUGCUUUUCACACCUUAAACAUGGUCUCACUUUCAAGAAGUUUUAUUCUUGGCCUACUCUCUAAUUGUCGUUUUUAGACUAUACUAAGGGCUGAACGCCUGAUAGGUCCAUACCUAGAGGUGCUGGCCUUUGGCAUUAUUGAAAUGUAUUUUCCUAGCAACGUAUGUGUUGCUAUUUAACCUUUGUUCCAGUAAACUUCUUCUAACUGGAGUGCGAGGCAAUUUUCAUGUGGACUGUGUAUUGUGCCUGAAAUAAAAGCAGACAGCUUUUCUGUUUACUCUUUCGAAUUAGUCAGUCAACCUCUUGAUGAUAAAAUCCUUAAAUUCUGCAUCGUAACUGUAAACCCUAAAUGAUCUUUCUUGUUUGGUAACUUAUGGGUAAUACGCCUGGAGCACUAUUAGUUGCCACGUUUUGGGAUUCUUCUGCUCAAAUAUCGGCAGUUUUGUUUUUUGGAAUUUUAGAAUAUCGCCAACUGCUACUUUCAUCAUCUCAACCUUACCGCGAUUUUAAUAUUGUAACCAUUAACAGAGUUGCUUGUACGAUUGAUCUUGCAGUCGUACAAUGAAGUGACUGAAGACAUGAGAGGAGACGAGGAUACCAAAGCGGAGCUACACCAGCAGCUAGAUGUUUGUACCCACUCCCCCUUACUUUUAUGGAAAUAUUUAUAUUUACAUUUAAAACAAUAUGUCGCGGGUGUGGGACAAAGAUAAAGUCCUCAGUGUGAAUUUGAACCUCAGCCUGAAUUGCAGUGUUACUUUCCAAAAUGUUUUACCAUCUAAAUUGCAGAUGACUCGUCGGCGAGCUCUUGGUAAUUUGUUUUUAAUUUGCUGUAGAAAGAAAUAAUUGUUUUUUUUUCUCUGCAGGACCUUUGUGAUCGUUUGAACGAUAUCUGUGACAAUCGCAAAGACCUGGCAGAGAAAGAGCGUCAAUCAGUGAUGAAUGAGGGCUGGCUGGAGGAUCGGCUUGGUCUUCUCACAAACUUUUACAUCACAUUAAUGCAAGCAGAAGUCGAUAGAUACCAAGAUACAGUGCGGUUACUGAGGGACUAUUAUGUUGGUAUGGAAGGUGAGGAGAUCCAACUUGAAAACAGGGGCGCUCUCCUUCCAGCGGAUUUUUUUUAGGAAAAUGGACUGGACUAAGACCUUGCUUAAGAUCAACUUACUUGUGCGGUGCGGGUCAAAUACGUUCGUUCAACAAUAAAGGUCUAUAAAACAAGUUGUACAAAUUUGAUGGCAUAAGGCCAAUUGUCACGCACUGAUACAGUUUAGUGCAGCAUAAACCGCCAUUUUGUGUCUCAAGUGAAGGAAGCUAAUCUGCAUGGCGAAAGUUGUCGCUAAUGUAAUGGACAAUUUCCACAAAUAUACAUUCUUGGAAUCUGUUAUUAAAAUUUUUCCUGUUCCCUUUGAUUUCUAACCGGAGAUUUCGAUACCUUUGGCUCGAUGGAUAGUGCUCAAACAUCCUUCCUGAUUGUUAAAAUUCUCUCCUUCGGGGAUUUUUUGUUUCGUCGUUACGACUUGAGAGUGCUGUUUCUUUCAGAUAAUAUUGCUUUUCACAAAUGGUUUUCCCCUAUUUCAUCAACAGGUAAAAUUCCAUCAGAAGUUAUCACAGACUACGCGCGCUUACCACUUGUUGAACUACCACUGACUGUAAGACCACAGUCUGCAUCAUCCAAGUCUGGGGGAAGUGAGAGUGUAACCAACUUAGCAGCCACCGAAAAGACUGAGGUCAAAAGUCCAUCUGGUAAAAAAGACAGAGAUAAGAGUUCAAAGACUCCUGAACCUUCAGAAGCACCGGAGGAGGAACAAAAGCCUCGGUAACUGUGCUGUGGAUAUGGCAGCAAUCAUCAUGCUUCUCUGUGCACAUAUGUAAUUUCAUAAGGAUUUCACAAUUUUAAGGAUCCUAACAACUUUUAGUGCAUUUCUAUCUCUAUGAAUACAAAAUGCAUCUAAACAGAAAUAAGCCUGCACUAAAGGAAUAUAGCAACCGUUUAUAAGUGAUCUAAAUGUGACGGUUAUGAGUUAAACUUUUAUCGAUACAAAACACUGUUAUGGUAGUAUACCUAUUUUGAAGGUUUGAGUUUUGAGUUUAAGAAUUCCCAUGCUGCAUAAAAAACAUACGCAUCAGGGGUGAAUUUGCGAGUGAAUAAUUAUUGCUUGUUUUGCAGUGCGGUGCUGCAUUGAAACAUGUUGUAACCUUGAAAGGAAUGAUGUCAUUGUUGGUCUCCUCUCAUAUUUGAAUAAGCAGUAUAAUAAAGGGUUCCGACUUCUAGUUGUCCCACAGAAUUGGUUCUGGCCGUGAUGGCCUUGUCUUUCGACUUCUGUUUGUCAGUUUUCAAGCGGAGAUCUGUGUGAGAAGUAUUAGAGGCUAUGAUGCCAAAUAAUUACACCAUUUGUUACUAUAGUAGAACACAAAUUUCGUGCCUUUACUCGUGAGGACUUGACUUUUCAGUUUGAGCCGGCAUGAACCAGGUGUUGUAGUUCGGCUAGACCUCAUAGAUGAAAAGCGCUCAUAAACUGAAAUUAAACAUGCUGUUCACGAUUAUUGUCCAGAAGAUUAAUUUACCUCAUUUGCUUGCUCUUUAGCAUACCUUUAGUUCCUCGCCGUCCGAAGUCUGGGGAACCGGGAACUGGAAAAGGAAAAGACAAGAAGGGUGACAAGAAGAAGGACAAAACCGCUGACCCUGAUAAACCAGAUACCCCUGUGCCUCCUUCAGAUCCGGAUGAGAAAGUGAGACAAACCAUCAGUUCUGUUUAAAAGCUUUCCUUGGCUGGCUCAUUGUAACAUUUAGAGAGUUUAGGUCUGCGCAACAAAUUUGUGAACAAAGAUUCCCUGCUCAUAAUGAUGUGGAAAAACAAAUUACCCGAUGUUGCUUUGAUAAAAGCUCUCUUUGACUUGCUUUUUCUAAUAUUUGUAGAUUUUAGGUCUUGGGAUCAAAUUUGUGAUUUGUGAUCAAAGAUACAUAGAUAUAAAGUGGAUGCACAUUUCCGUAUUCUGAGCGAAAGGAACAAACGUUAACUUAACAGGUGCAUAAUAUGGAUUAUGGUGGGAUGAGUUGUGCAGAUCUAAAUGUUAGCGGAGCUCGCAGAGCGUAGCCCCAUAAUUAUACAAAAUAGUAGUAACCCAUCAAGCCGAAAAAAAUUUGGAUGUACGACCGCACGACCCUACGACCGUACAAGGUGCUACUUCUAACAUGCGUGGUCAACUCUACCGCGGGCACGCCAACGCCACGGCUAUGUCCAGUAGUUCAGUGGUCAGUGUGCUGGGCUCCGAGUCGGACGACCCGGGUUCUAGUCCUGGCUGGGGCAAGGCGUUGUGCCCUUGAGACGUGUGGGAAAAAAAAAAUGCGAGCUCCGCUUUUAGGCUUGGCUAAAUCUAUAUAUUAACUCGUAAACCUUUGUAUCGGUCAUGACAGUCAUGGCUAUCAACAUAAUCUUUCUUCGAGGAAUUUUUCUCAGUGAUGCUGCUGCUAUAUUUUCCGUUGAUUUUACUAACCUUUUAUGCUCUCUGUUUUUGACAGCUCGUCUUUGAUGCUUUUAUAAUGGCUCUGACAAUCAUCGACACACUGGUAAGCAGUUGUCACUGAGUUUAGGCGUGUUAAUAAGAUUCUGUUGUGCUAAUCCUUUUGUUUUUCACACAGGCCUUGAUAGAUCAGACAGAGCAAGAGGCUGAGGCUAUAAGACAGGCCGAGCUUGAAAAAGAAAAGGAGAAAGAAGCGUUGCAGAAGAAAGCAAAAGACAAGAAAGACAAGAAAGGACGGAAGAGUCCUGGAAAGGGCGGAUCACCGUCUAAGACAGAGACACCUCCUCCGCGUAUGUUUACCGUUUGGUGUUGUUUAAAACUUAUAGCGCAUCAAAAUUAAGGAAUAAAAUUGAGACCCACCCCUAAGCUCUAUCAGCUAUUGUAUUAAUACGCUGUAUCAGGGCUCUUGAAGUUUACUUUACUGAAGAGUAGAGGAACGUUGUUAUACCGUAGUAAAUUGACAUAGCUCCAGCCUAAGGGAAAACAGUGAAUUUGUUUACUUAUCUAAUCAUUUUUAGCUCCACCAGAAGACCAAGAAGGACAGUCUGAAGAAGAGAAGCUCAAGCAGAAAACAAAGGAGAGAGCAAGAAAGGAAUUUCUUGGUGCUGUUGGCUCAGAAGGUGAGAUGAACAGAUCCCCCCAAUCUCACCUUCUUUUAAGUCUGCCUUACAUCUGUCGUGCAUAUAUUUCUGUAUUUCUUGCCCUCAUUUUACAAACAACAUCGAGUCUUGUGUCUUUCAGACAAUGGAUUGAAAACCCGCCUUGAAAUGAUAAAAAACCACGCCAUUGCGGUUCUACAGGAACUUAAGGUACUUGUAAACACUUUUUAUAGCUGUUGGCCUAAUUUUGAGUUGAAUGCAUCCCACCUGCAGUUCUUACAUUCCGGGUAAUGAUGUAAGCUCUCUGUGAUGUUGUGGAUUUCUUUACUUCUGGGUGACCACUUGUAGAGCAAACCAAACCAUUCCACAUAACUCUUGAAUGGGUAUUAUGGUCACGUGACUCCCCGUCUUUUUUUUUCUGGAAGCGAGGGCGAAGUAUUCCUUCUCUGAAUUGGUUUUUAACGAAUUCGUUCACUUCUUUGGCAUGCCAAAUAAAUUGCUUUCGUUUUGGAGAAUAACUGAAGAUAAUAUUAACAAAUUUGUAUUUAGAGUCAAGUUUUGCAUGGAAAAUAACUAUCACUCCUUUUGCCAAUGUAUCUUGGAAUAUUACGGUCAUAACAUGAGAAGUCUCUCUUUGUAUUUGUAAAUGUGUCCCUAUCGGUGAUGAUGUCUCUCUCGACUGAGUUGGUUUGGAGAGGAAAAGAUAGUUCACUGUGAAACAGAAUACUAAAUGCCCUCAACUGGAAUAUUUCUUUUCUCAGCGGGUUUGCUGUGUUGGAUGUUGACGUUGAUUAAAGGUUCCUAUAUCUAUUUUUCAGCACGUCCCUGUCUAACACUUGCUCAAGGACAAGGCUGGCUCUGCUAGAUCACGUGAUUUAUGUAAAGUGCUUACUGAUGACUUCAGACGCAAAUAAACCUAUGUAUCUUUUCAUUUCAGGGAAAGGCGGAUUCAACUUACAAAGACAUGGAUGACUGGCUGGGAGAAAGGUUCCUGCAAGAAGUUGGAAGGUGAUUGUCGAAAUUCUAAGUUCAUAGGUAUUACAAGCUGGUCACUGGUAGGUGAAAAUAUCAAUGAAUCCUAAAAAUGUUAGGCCAGGUGUAGACGAGACAUGACGCAGUAGCCCAGCAUAACACGUUUCUUAACUAGAUUUUUUUUUUGGUAUUAGCAUCAAAGAAAUGGCAGAGAAUAUACGUUUUGCAGUGGAGAAAGAGGAAAAGUUACAAGAAGAAAGUCUUCUGAUGGACAAAGACUUUGUUGUCGAUCUGGUAAGAGUCUGAUGUUUCUUUUCAAAAACAAUUUUUUUUGGUCAUAAAUGUCAGUCAAAGGAAAAUGACCCCCCCCUCAUCGCUUUGGAAAAUCUGCGGUAAAGGCGUGGGAUGUUUAUGUAGCCAAAUUGCCAACAGUGUGUCUUUGUCGUGAAGGUAAACUAAGGGAAUUAAAGAGGACUUGAAACUGCUCCAUACAGGAAAUUUGCUGAUCCCAGUUGAUUUAAUUCGUUUGGGGUAAAUACUUUGAGAACGGGAUACUACACCUAGUCACCCUUCAAUCUGCACUACUGAGGUUCAAGUGAAACAGGUUGUGAUUGGAAGUUAAGUUAUGAAUGGCUUUUCCAUCUACUGUGGUAGGUACUAAAUGACGUCCUCGUCAAUGUGCUUAUUGUCCACUCUGCCUUUAUAUUCUUACUUCCAUACUUUACUAUUGUCUCUUUUGUAAGGACACCAAGACGUUUAAGACACCCACACCACCGCCGCCUCCAAGCCCAACGGAGGUGCCUCAGAGUGACACAUUUACUGUGAAUCAACUGUUGAACUUACAUCGACAGGUAUUGCACCUUUUGUCUGAUUGAUUGUCUUGGAUUGAUUGGCAAAUACGUAACAGAGACAACCAAACUGACAAACAGAUAGUCGGACAGACAGACAGACAGAAAAAGAAAGAGAUAGACAACCAAUAUUACAAACAGACAGUCGAACGGAAAGACAGACAGACAGACAAAGAAAUAGUUAGACAACCAAACGGACAAACAGACAGUUGGACAGACUGAUAAACAAAGAAGUAGUUAGAAAACCAAACUGACAAACAGACAGUCGGAUGGACAGACAGACAGUUAGACAAAGAAAUUGAAAGACCAACAAAUAUACAGAUAGACAUAAAGCCAGAAAGUCACGCUGACAGACAUGUUUUUUUAUUUUUAUUUUUAGAAACUCUUUUAAAUUUACAAUGUAUUAUUUGUGUGCAACAUUGCAGAUGUUGGAGACAGCCCCAAGUGGUGUCAUUUCCAAUCGAGCAUUUUGUGACACCAUAAUGGAUAUGACAGCUUUAACCGUGAGUGCUACAAAUAUACCCUCCAAUGUUUCUGUGCUGUCGCUUGUUUUGUCUGUUCGUCUUAUUAUAGUAGCAGUAGCGUACAUAAGCGCCCAAUUUACGUUGCUUUUGUUUUUAUUUCAACAGCACGGGAUGGAGCUGCUACCAGACUCGUGGAUGAACAUAACACAGCAACAGGUGGGUUGAAUAGCCCUGAUACUAUUUCAAUCAUUUUUCAAACCGCGCAAUCCCAUAGACAACCAUAGUCAUUGUGAUAGCUGAAGUGUGUAGUGCCAGACGAGUUGAUGUGAGCCGGUCCGGAAACAGCCGUCCGGCCCUAGUGCACUUGUACAGCAUUGUUGCAAAAAGUGAUCAAAAGCAGUGAACAAGAAUGAGAAAAUAAGUUACGUUUUCGAUAAACUGUAAGUUUCUUAUUCAGGCUCGAAAAAAACAAAGGAAACGUUUUUAUAGUAGUCUUUUUUGUGGUUUCCCGCGCGCUCAAGUCUAUCGCGUCCUAUUUAAGUUAAAACAAACUUUUCGAAUGUUUCAAACUUAGUCAGUGAUCAUAUGAUAAAAUGCUUAUUGACUGAGUUUGGUCGAGCCAGAUGCGACGUGACGUCGAGCCAAAUAUAUUCCUGUCUGGCCCUCCCACUCAGUCAAUAAGUACAUACUAGCAACCGUAAAGAGUUUCAAGGCUGACGUCUCGAGCAGCAGCCCUUCAUUAGUGCGAAUGACGUAUUCAGAGGUUCGCAUAAUCUUGCUGCAUACCAGGGAAAAUGACUUCUUAUAUUUUCACUCACCAGCUACAAGAGGUUUGCUCAUUACUUGCUCUGGACACUGAGUUUAUUGAUUGGCGGAGGUUUCUUUUGGCGGCCGCGCAGCCCUGGCCCCCAGCAUCAAAAAUGGAUUUGUUGUUAACGCUGGAACAUUGUCGUGAGGUAGACACUGCACUGUCAGGAACUCUAACCCAGCAACAAUUUGAACAGGUUUGUAUACGUUCGGCAGUGGUAUACCUUAGGGUUAUUUUUGCGACUACGUAAUUUAAAGACUAUCGAUUUUUGUGAUAUCAUUAGUGCAUUGUCAUGCGCAUGUGCAUUGUCCUGUACGUGCACAUAACAAAGGAUACUUUCCAUUGAAAUUUGUUUUCUGAUAGUUGCAUGGCAUGUUAUUCAAUUAAUUUCAAAGGAAAUAUUUUUCCUGUGUAUCGGUGGAGCUUUUCUUUGUCGGAUUUAGGAUCCCAUCCGCCCUCCGCUUACACUUUUGCUUUGUUCUUGUUCAACGUAUCAGACGUAAACACAAUUUGAUUUUCAGAAACUUUUAAGUUAGUUUCUGUCAUUAAGGUUGCAUUCGCACAAACACAUGGUCUUUUCAUGUAACUCGUUAUUUACUAUCUACAGCUGACAUGUUCUCUGUUCUCACGUGUGAGUAGGUAGGACUUUGGUUCUCAGGGCAACAAGAGCUUGAAAAUCCUCAAGACCCGGAUGAGUCUCCUGCAUUUGACAGACUAGGCAAGCUAAAGAAUGUAAGUUUAACAAGUUUGUUUUUAAAAGAUGGUUUAUAGGAUUGCAGUGUGCACCAUUUUAUGUGGUGAGUUGAGUAAGUGGAUUACUCAAGCGAGCACUAAAUUAUGCAACGAAGUUACCUACUGACUGUAAAUAUGUGAAAAUCAUGAAUGCGAACUGCGGAUAAAGACAUGAAUAUGAAAGAGAUCUUCGCAGUAAUGAACAUAAAUGAUUUUCAAUGAUAUAUUCACGAUCGUUUAUUCAUCACCUCAUUGGUUUCUUUGGGACCAACAUAGUGACCAGCUCCCAGUUUACUUGUAAGCUCAGUUGGUAGAGCACUGCACCGAUAUUGCAGAGGUCAUGGGUUCAAAUCCCGUACGGGCCUGAACCAUUUUUGAGACCUUAUUUUCACUACUGCUCAAGUAGUGUUCAUUACUGCGAAGAUCGCUUUCAUAUUCAAAGUUACCAACUAUCGAAGGCCAUUUGCUCCUUAAGGUGCGCGAACUCCCUCCUUCUUUAUUGGUGUUAUUCACUUGCGAGAGGAAGACAUAUCUUUUGAGAAAAUAAUACUUUUGUACUUUUGCCCAGAAAUGAACCAAAAAAACUGCUUCUUCUUCAUAUUCUUAAGCUUAACAUUGAAUUGUUAAUUGAAUGUAAGGUAUAAUUAGAUAGGGUAAUUUAGUAUUAUCAACAGAGUUGAUAACGUAAAUUGGCCACCGUAAAGAGUUUCAGAGCUAACGUUUCGAGCGUUAGCCCUUCGUGAGAGCGAUUGGAGAAAUUGUGUGUGGGUUUUUAUGCAGAAAAAGGAGCUACGCUAUUGAUCAGAUUAUGGUAACGAGAAGACAAGAAUAAAUUAGUUCGACGAAAAGCGCUCGUUGAUACCGUGGGGAUUAAGAGUGCCGAUUUGAAAGAUGAGUUUUUGUUAAAGAAUUCUGUGGCUUUCCGAACUGCCUAGAUGUAGGGAAAGGCCGCAAACUACCACAUACGGCCUAGAAUGAUUAGGGAGAUUAAGGUGUCUAGAGACCGGUUUGGAUGCGUCUUUGUCAUUUCUUUCUACGUCGCCAAGGUGUUCUCGGAAUCGGCCACCUAGUCUUCUCCCUGUUUCACGAAUGUAUGACUUUUUGCAGUAAGUGCAAGUUAUUCAGUAGAUUACAUUGGCGGAGGUGCACGUGAAGUGAUCAGUGAUAUUAAUGGAUCUCUUGGGUCCUGAAGUUUUCUCUAAUCGCUCCGACAAAAUGGGCCAACGCUCGAAACGUCAGCUUUAAAACUCUUUACGGUGGCCAAUCUACGUUAUCAACUCAGUUCAUAAUACCAAAUUACCCUGUUAUACUCUCCAAUCGUCGCAGCACCACAUUCCUUUAGAAACUUACCUCCUGUAUUCAUUUGUGGCAUGAUUAGAUAGCUGAAAAAUGUCAGUGAUUUGUUUUAUUGCAGGCGUUUUAUCAGAUAUUUGCAGAUCAUAACAAUGGCGUCCAUACGGUGGAUUACCUUGAUAUGGUAAGGGAAUGUCGACCGGGUACUAUGGGGUUGUAUUAUCCUUAGCUUUGUCUUUCAUGGCUCGUUACAACCUUUAAGGUAGCGCCGUAAAUUCGGAUUAAAAAGCAUCAUCGCAAUAUCGCGAUAUUCCCCAUGAUAUUUAAUAUAUGUUUGGAAAGGCUGUCGUUUGAAACAGGAAAAAAAGUUUGCGAGUAAAAAGGGUCCUUUGCUUUGCAUAUUAGCCCGUUUUCUUUUAAUGAAACAUGAUGAAUUCUGGUGUCCUUUUCCGGCCGGAUAUUUUUAUUUUUAUCUAUCGGAAAAUUUUGAUCAGGAUAUGGCAUACUGUGAAACUCACAAAACUUGGAAACUGAACAUGACCAUUUCAAUGUUUUCCCGUCUUUUUCAAACAGCUGUUGUACUUUGCUGUUGACCCAGACCCCUUAGAGGGUUUUCUUCGAGGACUGAGCCUUGUUGCAAACCAACCAAUGCCGUCCAGCAAGUCUUUAGUUCAUCUCCCUCAACCAAUGACGGAAGAAUAUGGCGGUGACGUCAGUGUCCCACAAAUCCAGGUCUGUAAAACAUCACUAAGUAUAAAUGAUCUAUGAACGGAAUCAUUCUCAAGCGCGAAUGGGAUUUAAUUCAUACGUGGGGCAUUUCCUGUGUUCUUCUCUGUUAAACAGGAAAGAAUAAGAACAACAUAACAACAAAAUAUUAUUUAGGACUUAUUUUAGAACUGAAAAGUGCAAUCAUAACAUUCAAAGAAGUUAUUACAGAAAAUUAUAUAGGCAGACAAAGUAAAUGUUAUAACAUUUUCACUGUUUCGCAGAUGUAAAAUGUACUUAUCAACGGUAUCCAAACGACUUAUUACGGUUGAUUUUUUCGGUCAUUCUCUCGAUUUUGCACGCAAGCUUCCUAUUCAAAGCUAUAGCGAUAGUUAAGGUUUUGGUUUCAGUUAACAAUCUUUCCUCGUCCACGUGCUGAGUACCAGGGCGGUGAACAGUAAGCACAAUUAUUAAUGAAAUUGACUUGUAUCCCAGGAACCCACUUCACCACCACCUGAAAUGAACUCACUUGUGACACUGGACAACCUAAUGAAGGUACCAUCCCUUGCUUUUUUCACUCAUGAAUCAGAGUCAGGUUUGUUCCAAUCUUUUUUCAAUCAUUUUGCUUAAUUUUGUCUCCAUUGGCAGGUUUUUCAUCAUGGUGAAGGGCAACAGGAAGAUACAUACCGCCUUAAUGUUACGGCUGACCCAGACGAUACAUUUGCGAAGGUAAGAGAGUAAAAACUGAGGGUGUCAUUAUGUUUUCAAUGAACAGGAGUAAAUUUUUUUAAUGUCAAACGUUCGUUGAUACCGUGGGCAUUAAGGGUGCCGAUUUGAUAGAUAAAUUGUUGUUCAAAAGUUUUGCGGCUUUCCAAACUGCCCAUUUGUAAGGAAAGGCCGCAGACUACCAAAGUGCUGCUUAGAAUGAUCAGAAAGAUUAACGUGUGUGGCAACUGGUUUGGAUGCGUCCAUGUUAUUCCUCUCUACGUCACUAAGGUGUUCUCGGAAUCGGUCACCCAGUCGGCUAUCUGUUUUACCAAGAAUAUCUUUUUGCACAUAGUGCAAGGUAUGCUAGAGAUGACUUUGAUGGAGAUGCACGUGAAGUGAUCAGUAAUCUUAAUGGAUGCUUUGGAUCAAUAUUUUCUCAACUUUAUGAAUGAAAGGACAGGUUUUGCAUCGUGGGCAAGCGCAUUGGAAAGUUCUGGGUUGGUCAUUAGUUUGUGAUGAACUUCUGACCACAUAGAUGCCUAUCUUUUUGCUUAGGUCUUUUUGUAACGUUUCAAUGAAAUAAGUGGAGGUUUCGAAAAGACAGUACCAGUCUCUGAAUCAUUAUAAAGUAAAUUAAAGUUUUAAGGAAUGAUGAUUUAACUACGUGGUUGUGAGGGUGAAAUGUGCGAGUGAAUGGAUUGCGAUCGGUAUUUUCCUUCUGUUCCGUUUGUAGUGCUGACUGUCGAUCAAUUUGUUGGGCGCGGUGGUGGCCCGCUUGACUGACUGAAACAGGAUAGCCACGUUUUUCAGAAAACUGGACCAUUGCCUCUGACUCGUCGAAAAAACCAGGGUCAUCACUACAACUAAGUCUAAGAAAAUGAUAAAAGGGAAUUGCAGUUCGGAAAGCCGCACAAUUCUUGAAAAUUCUCGUCAUCAUGUUCCCACCAAUAAUGUAGGUCCAUUUCCUGCAUGUAAAACACUCACACAACCUACAAUUCCCCCAUUCGCUCUGACGAAGGUCCAACGCCCAAAACUUCAGCUUUGAAACUGUUAACGGUGGCCAUCGACAUUAUCAACUCAACUGAUAAAACCAAAAUUACCUUUAAAUUUAUCUUUGUUCUCACAAUUUCUUAGAAGAAGAUCUUGAAGUUUUUAUUUUUACUAUUUUUAUUAUUUAUAACAGGAACGUUUGGCAGGUGUGUUUGUGGAACUUGGUGCCGAGGAAACAGAAGCCGUUCCAUUCCACCUCUUAUACCAGCAUCCUAUUAUACAGGACUGCAUGCAUAUGUGCCAGCGGUUUAAAACAUUGGUAAAUUUUACUUUCGAAUAAUUUCUUUUAUAGAGCAAUGUUUGAGAUGAGUUACAUUAAUCUGAGAUUUUUAGGAUUUCAAAUUAUCAACACAGCACAAAAUAAGCGAGGACUUUCAACGAACUUACAAGUUAGAAUCAAAUUCUGGGGGCUGAAAUAAAUGAAAGGUUUUAUGUUAAGUAAUUUUUUAUUUAUCUUUUUUUUUCCCAUAGGAUCUUCGAAAUUCUUUCAAGAGUUCUUCAGUUGAUGCAUUUGAAUAGUGUUUGACGACACGCACAAUUUUCCAAGU